GAGAGAGAGAGAGAGAGAGAGAGAGAGAGAGAGAGAGAGGUGUCGGGGGGUAGACAGAUAGGCAGACAGACAGAGGGAUGUCCUCCUCGGGAAGUUAUUUGAACAGCAGUGGCUAACACCAGGCCGUGCACCCAGCAGCAGGAACCCCCUGUUCACCUCCACACCUACCGCGUGCACCAGCCCCUCCUCUCCGCCUCUUGCUGCGGUUGUUUCCAGCCGCUGUCUGGUCGCAGCAGUCCGGCUGGAACAUCCCCUGAUGUGCCGCGGCGGCUACCAGCAGGCAUCUGGAGCCUCCCACCCACCCACCACACGGUGCAAUGCAACAGUGGCCAGUGCUUCCAGGGUGUCAGCCUACAGCAAACGGAGCUUUUUAAUACCUCAAAGGUAAAAAAAAAAUCAUGACGUGCCGAGUCACAUCUGGGGCCUCUGCUCGGAGGAUUUUUGUCAACUCUGGACCGCUGCUUCAUGUUUCUUCCGCUCAUUUCUAAGGAGAGCCUCUCUGAGUGAACGCUUGUUUGUCUUUUUCGGGGUAUAUUUGUGUCACACUCGAGAAAUGUUCACGCCUUAAGCCAGAAACAAUAAGAAGUCACAGUUAGCGUGUUGUCCGCCAACUAGAGGGAUUUACAGUGUCUACCCGGAGCACCACCGGUUGAAAGGAGCUGUUAUUGAACCCGCUACAGGAGUUCAUUUCUCUGGAGAGGCUGAGGAGGAAGGUUUGCCUCUGUCAAGAAAACAAAAAAACUCACACGUCAAAGUUUUGAGUGUGGGGCCGUUUUGACAUGAUGGUGAUCUUCAACGGGCAGCUGAAGAUCAAAAUCUGUGAGGCUCUGGACCUCAAACCCACGGCUUGGUCUUUACGUCACGCCGUUGGUCCAAAGACUCAGACGUUCCUGCUGGACACGUACAUAGCCCUGAACGUGGACGAUUCCCGCGUGGGCCAGACCUCUACUAAACAGAAGACAAACAGCCCUGCGUGGAAUGAUGAGUUCACUACGGAGGUCCACGACGGCCGCAAGAUCGAGCUCUCCGUCUUCCACGAUGCUCCCAUUGGCUACGACGACUUCGUGGCCAACUGCAUCAUCCAGUUUGAGGAUAUCCUGCACAACGGGAGCAAGCACUUCGAGGACUGGGUAAGGUGGUGGGGUGGCACCCUGAGGUGCACAUAGUGGGGGCUGAUGAUUGCAGACCUUUGCAAACUAGUCAGAGUUCCAUCAUGGCUGUUUUAAAGUGCAGUGAUUUAGCUUUGAUUGAAGUGAAAGUGGACAUUACAACUUCAUAUAGGGGCGAGUGGGGUAAGUUGAGCCAAAGGGUAAGUUGAGCCACCCCCUCUUGUUUGUAAAUUGUAAAAGGAAUUGAUCACGUGACCAAAUAUUUAGGUGAUGGGCAUCAAUUCAUGGAGCCUGUGAAGGUUAGAAGCAUGUGGGUGAAGGAGUUUGGCAUUUAUUUCCAAAAAAACAUUUUUCACUCUUAAAAGUGAAUUUAGUCUGUCAUAAGUUUUAUUAGUGUUCAGACUAAAAAAGAUCAUUUUAAAUUUGCUUUAUACAUCAAUCGUGGUCUCUAUGAGCUACAACAUGAGGUCAAAAACCUAGCAUAAAAGUCCACCAUUUUAGUUUAGAGGACUAAUAAAGUCAUAAUAGUAGUUCAGGGGUAAGUUGAGCCAGUGUCUCAACUGAGAAAGUAAAGGAGUCUGAUGAGAGGAUUAGAGUUUCAAUUCAGAUUGUUGAAUGUGUUACUUUUUCUUUUCAGAAAUACAGCUGUGAAUGUUCUGAAUCCCUUAAAGACAUUCUCAUGUUAAAAUGGCUUUUUACAGGACAGCUUUUUAGCAGUUAUAUGCAAUAAUAAAAAGAAUGAUUGUACCAGUUGAAUAGUGUAUAAUAGAUAAAAAUACACAUGAAUGUGAAGAAGUGACUGUUAUUUAGGGAGAGAGAAGGUGACGGAGGGCUGGGGUGGCAAGUGGGGGGUAGUAGGGAUACAGCUCAACUCAUCCCACUUCUAUGGUCAACUUACCCCAUACACAGGAUAAGUUGACCAUUGGUGUCCACUUCUUUUGGCAUGCUAUAUUAUCAAGACAGUUAUGUUUAAACUUAUUCUGUUGAUUUGCAGGGAUGCACAACAUCUUGAAAUAUAUGCAGAUACACUAGUUAGAGACAAAACUAUGAUUGCCUUGAUGUAGUGAUCACAAAUAUGAAAAAUGGCUCAUCUCUUACCCCACUCUCCCCUAUUAAAAGUUGCAGGAGGGGCUUGCUUGUUUCAUAACAAAAAAAGUCAUAAUUAGGUCAAAUUAUCAUGAGAAAUGAAAUGAUUUCUGGGAUAAAAUGUUACAGGACAAAGGUGUUAACAUUCUUUAAAGCUUAACUAAGUCUAAGGUGAAUUAAAAACAAACAAAGAAAAGUUCAUGUCACCUCUCUGGCUCCGUAGAAUCUGACAAACUCCAAAUGUUUGAUAUUUUUGCCCAAUAAAGUAUUCAUAGAUUACUUAAAAUAAUAGCUCAAUUUCUAAACAGAGUUUGGACAGUUUUGGCAUGUUUCAUUACAAGGAAAAAGCCAUGAAAAAUAUCAUUCCUUCCAGCUCUUCAGUAAUCACUGUGCUUUAGUGGCUGGUCAGUUAAUAGCUAAGUUGUAGGCAGUGAAAUCUAAACAUAAUGUUCAAUAGAAAACUUGGUUUUUGGACACCUGUGGCUAGGAGAACACAGCAGACUCCAGCUUCACUUUACAGUGCCUUUUCAGUUUACAGUGUUCAUAGUGUCAUGGUAGUGUGUUAUUGUCCUGCAGUAUACUGUGUGACAGAUGCACCAGCCACUGCACGCACUCUCACACAGACAGACUGGAUCCUGUUACCUUUCUUGUGCUCUUGUUAGAUGGAGCGGUGACCCACAGCAGAGCCACAGAGGAGGAGAGGGAGGGUGUGGUUUGGCCGCAUGCAUGACAAACACAAACACAGACUCUCUUGCAAACAGAGCAGCAUGCAGGAGCUGUUGGUUAUUGUCUGAAACUGCAGUAGCUGGCUGAUGCUUGACUGUUUCUCUGACAAGACUAUCAGGAGACAGAAGAGUAAGAUGAAAGAGAAAGGGAAUAAAACAAGUAGAGGGUAGGAUGGAGAACAGAAAGUGGAUUCCUAUCUUACAGAGAGGCACAGUGGGAGACUUAGACGGUCAAGACUGACAGAGCUAUGUGAUGUUUGGACAGUAUAGAGUCGGUUAUUGAUUACGGAUUUUGGAAAAGGAUGAGAGUGUUCUUGUGUGUUUGAUAAUCAUCCCAUUCAUUAAGGCUGAUAACUGUCAGGUCUGCCAAAAUGUGAUGAAACUCUACCACUUUUUAUGAAAGAAGAACAUUUUGUAAGGUCCUGCUCCAGACGGUGUUCAUCAUUGUUUUUUUUUCUGUCUAGAAGAAAGGAGAAUUAAAUCUGCUAUUGUUCAGAAUAAUUUUUGGAUGUGCCACCUCGCGUUUGAAAAAGCACAUUUUAAAGCACACCCAUGGGUACUCUGAGUCGAACAUGUCUUGACUUAACUGCAUCAUGCAUUAUGUCAUCUCAGCCAAAGAAAAAACUUGACAUCAUCAUGGGGGAAGCAAACAGCUUGCGUAAUUCCCACUGAGUAAUGCUAAUGUAACCUACUGAGAAAUCUCUGUAGAGCUGUUGAAGAGGUUCUUUAAGUUGAUGCUUUUUCUCCAAAGACUUUAAAACUCCAUCUCAAAAAGCAGAGUAUGCUGACUCCUGCAGCACACCUACUGAGGCCCCCUAUCCAGGAGCAUCAGUGGGUGCUGACUGGACGUUUCAGUGACUCAGGCGUUUGUGAUCAUUUUUAGCCACAGGUUUUCUUCACAGUGUCUCUGCACUUGGCAUUGCCUGUCUUGCUCCUGUCUGCAUCCUGGCUCCCCCACCAUCAGCAGUGCAGAUUCUUAUAUGUAUUUAUGAGAGGUGGGUGCAAUUAAUCCAUGAGUCAAUGCAUCGUGAUGCUUCAUGCAACGAUUCGGCUUCGAUUAAUCAACAUUGAUACUUAAAAAAAUUAAUGAACGAGUAAUACGUGACCAUAACACGCAUGCUGCCUGGACUGUUUAGUGAGCGGGACCACAACAAACAGAGGACCAUCCGGGAGACUGUCUCCAAACUUCCCAGUUUAAGUUAAGUGGGUCAAAGUGCAAAUGUUUACAUCACAGUCAUAAAAUAAAAUAUUUUGUGCCUUUGAAAAUUACAAGAAAAUGUUCAAAAAACCUUGUUAUUUACUUAUUGAGUGUAGUUUUGACAAAAAAUAUUUAAUUGCAAGGUUAUUUAUUUACAAAUGUAGCCACAGAUGAAGACAAAAUCAAUCUUGUAUGGAAAAAAAGCAGUAAAAACGGCAAUAAUCAAAGAAUCGUGGCACCAAUAAUCGAAUCUACAAUCAUUAUAAUUAAAGAAUCAAAGCUCCCAUAAUCUAAAUCAAAUCGAAUCAUGAGGUACCCUCGUUGGAAUACCCCUAGUAUUUAUUAUAAUGGUCUCAUCCUCUUAUUGGUGCAUGUCUUCAACAGGAUGGAAGUAUUAACCCUAACCAGGUCAAGCAUGGUAUAAACUACCACUGGCCAUCUCCCUGUGGGUGCUUAUAAUGAAUCUUUCCUUCAUGUGUGAUCCAGCACAUCUGCACUGAGCUUGGUUCAUCUUCAAGCAAUGUGACUGUCUCUGUUUUAGCCACUUGUGAUCAACAGAUGAGUAGAACCCAGACUUCUUCUCAAGCUUUACACUAAUAGAUGUUGCAUGGUAACCUUUUAAAACUGUUGCUGUGAAGUGCUGCUCUUAAAACCUUUUAACCUAAGCUGCUUCUUAGCAUAUGGCACCUUAGCUUGGAGAUAAAAGAAAAAAAAAGGUUAAGUUCCUCUCUGAAAUGUUUCGACACGCUGUCAACAAUUUAACCUCACCUUCAUCAUUAGUGUGCUUGGCGUGCACCUUCAACGCAUCAGCCUCUAUUGUAACCUGUUGGCUUUGUCAGCUGCCAUUGUUUCCACCUGAUUAUGAAAACACCUCACAUAGCACCACCUUUUCCCCUUUAAUGGCUGUGCUGGAUUCGGGACAGCUUCUAUGAGCAAUUACUUUACACUCCGCACAGUGCUGUCUUCUGCCAGUUCACGCCUCUGUGCUGAUCUAGGGAAUUGUGCGCUCACAAAAACAGAAUAAUUCAAGUAGUUUUUUUUUUCAUGAAAAUUCUGUUUUGUUAUAAUGGUCUGAUGGCAACCUGAAAAUCAGUAAAAAAAAAAAAAGACUGUACAAUAACAAAGUGUUAUUUUGGGAGGAAGAAAUACCUACAGGAAGUCCAGCGUAGUGUCACUGAAUCAUGUUUUCAUCACCAUGUAGCAGCAAUUCUGCUUACUCUGCAUAACAGAUGACUGCUUUCUAGUAGGAAAGCAAAUAUGUUUCAAAGAGUCUGGUCAAUCUACAGAUAAUGAAAAAUAUGAAUGGCUUAUUUCAAGUUGGGUUUGUGUCAUGAACCCCUGAUCUUUUGGCUGCCUCGUUUUUAGCAUUUUAUAAAUUUGCAUGCAAAACCGCCGAGUAAAAGGCUUUCUAGUGGCUGAAAGGAUGCAAUGCUUUCCGUUAUGUCAUCUCUUGAGAGUAUUCAUGCAUGCUUGAAACUCAAAACUCAUUCAAACUAUUCAUUUAGUUUUACUUGAAUUUUCUAAUUUAACAGAAUUAUGAGACAGUCCUUUUGUUUGCACCGGAUGAAACAAAUUCACUUAAUGAAAUGGAAAAAAAUGGUUAUUGAUUAAUUGAUAUAAUAAAAAGCAGUAGAUAACUCAUGACUUUCAGCUCUGUUUUUUAGUCUGUUUAGUGUUUUCGACUGGAAAUGUUUCCAAGAGGAUGCAGAGUAAAACUGCUCCCUGACACCUGACCACUAACUCCCUGUUUUCAAAUGUAAAUUGUAAUUUCUGUUGCUUCUUGCCCAUGAUCCUCCUCUCUUUCAUCUCUGUCUUUCUUUUCUCUCAGUCUUAUUUUAAAGCACAAACUCUGCCUUUCUUCAGUGCUUACAGUAGCCUUCUUGUCCAUGCUGUUAAAUCAACUAACACCAUAGCAUUUUGGAUUUUGGUAGGUUUCAUCCUUAUCUGAGUGCUGAUCUAUCUCCAUGUCUGAUCAGUGUUACAGUAUGUGUACUAGCUUGGGAAAAAGUGAAAAGUCUCUGGAGGAGAUAUUUCAGUUAACAGCAGCGUGUGAACAAAAUCCUUGCACACAUGUUGUGACAAGCUCCUGGUAAUUUAAACUCAACUAACUUAAGACUGAACAUAGUAAAGCCACUGUUCUCCAGCAAGCCUGUACACGGCCUGUCCUCAGACAGCAAAUCAUACCUGCUGAGCCGGUCAUAGUAUUAUUAAUGAAUCACACACACACACACACGCGCGCUUGUGAAUCUACUACACUGAAACCUAAACUCAUUCAAGCAGAUGUAGAGCUGUGAUAGGAAAACCUUUGUGUAAAGAUGACGCAACAUGUCCCAGAAAUGACACCUUUUGACUUUUGAUCACAUGCUCUAUGCUGCCAUUCUCAGAAGCCAGUUAGAUACUUUAAUUCUGCAACAGUGCCCACAUGAAUUUCUGCACUGAACUCUGCAUAUAUAGCUGUGCCACUGUGAUUUUAAUCUGCAUUAGUGUUGCAAAUGUAACCUCCAAAUAUUAGUAAUUAGGUAAGUAGUAAUAUUUUAGUAAUCGAGUAGUCUACCUAAUAUUCCAGCGAUUAAUUGACUAAUCGGUUAAAACGUAUAUUUUUUUUAGUAAAAGUGCAAUUAUUAAAGGUGGGGUAGGCAGGACUCUGUUAAAGAAGCAUCAUUUUUUGUGGUGUAUAUACAAAAAAAGCUUUUAAUAUCAGUCAAUAGCUAUUGGUCAUUGAUGACAUUUGGUAAUAUAACGAUAUCGCUGUGUUUUGUUAUGUCUGUGUAGUCAACAUUUUACAUUUUUUGAGCGGCCCGCUCUUUCUGACUGUAAACAAAGCCAUUCUCCGCCUCCCCGACCUGAUUGGUUGUGAGGCAGAUGCUGCCCCCCCGUGUUGUUCACGAGCCCAAACAAAGUUAGCGUGCUACAAUAUCGGACAGUAGAAACCAACCAGAAAGUAUGGAUAAUUGUCUGAAUCCUCCUUUGGCCAUGACUGCCAACACAAACAAGAAAACAAAGUAACCGGAGACUCUGGCGGAACAUCCCACAGUAGCACCAAUGCGUUUUACUUUCACGAUGACUGGGCCUCAUUUGUAAUUAUCUGAAGUAUUUAACUGCAGUAUAUCUGAAUUUAAUUGAAACAAUACGAGCGAGCAGGAGCGUCUGUUUGUGGGCGGGGCUUGCUGGAGCAGAGACGGAGGGGAGAGGAGGAGCUGAGGGGAAAACUGGUUGGGAGGGGUAGUGUUUACAUUCAAGAUUUCUCACCAAAACUGGCACUUCCUCAGAUCCUGCCCACCUCACCUUUAAUAUACAGGGGAAAAUAAGACAUUUCGUCUUACUUUGUUUUCCUAUUUUAGAAACAAGGAAGGCGGAACAAGCAUGUGCGGUAGCGGACUGCAAUGCUUGUAAGAAAGCUAAUUAUGACAUUAACUUUAAUCAUGCCCCUAAAGACAUUAGCGUCCGAAAGCUGAAUAGCUCCUAUGUUACUUCCUUCUGCUACUACACCAGCAAUGUUAGGCUGCAAGCUAGCAUUAAGAGGAGUGUGCAGAGCAUCGCUGUCUCCAUCCACAACUCAGAGGUAAAUUGCUAAUGAGCUACUGGAGCUCUGCAGAAGAAAAGCCCCUCUCAUCAUUAAUUUUUUUCCACCAUGCAAAAACCGAGCUUACUCUUUCUUAUCCUCCUUCUACCGUGAUGAUGUAAGCAUGUUGUGUCACCUUGAACAUAAUCUGUGUAAAACAGUGAUAAUUUGAGUUUAUAAACGAGUACUUGAGGCUAAGAGAAUUCCUUGAUCAUUCAUUGUAAUCGAGGUACUCAAGGUACUUGAGGAAUCCUUUUAGUCCUACUCCAAAUUCAACCAAGUCUGUACCUUUCCGCUCUGCCACAACAGUAGAGUGGAUGGGUUUUUAGCAUGAUCAGUGUGUGUUCUUUCACUGGCUCUACAGCAUUGUGUUUUUUUGCCAAGGCUCUGCUCUUGCAACCUGAAGCUCUCCACGGCAUGGCUUUGAUAUUAUGGGUAUUUUUGUCUUUAUUAGAUAGGACAGCCAAAGAGAGAAAGGUAACAUGGGGAGCAGAAAGAGAGGGUAGACUGGUGCGCGAACCAACGACUGCUGUGAUGGGGAUUAUUGCCUCUAUACACAGGGGACUUAGACCGCCAGGCCAUCGGCGCCCCAUGGCUUUUGUUUUUGCUACACCACAGCACAAUAUAUCAAUCAGCAUAGGGCAGACAUGAAGCCAGACACCGAGAUGACAUUAAAACAUCUGGUUAAUUUUCAAAAUAAAACAUCCCAUCUUGACACAUGAUUGUUUUGUAUUGAACUACAUUAAUCACAGUGGGUGGAGCCAGGCCUGGAGUCAACAGGUCAGAGGUUCACAGGCUAAUGUUAGCCCACAGCUGAGAACAGACUCUGCUUUAGACCUAGACGGUAUAAGCACAAAUGUCCAAAUGCCUGCUGAGAUAAAGCAUAGAUAAUGUAGAUAUGAAAAAGAUGAAUGUUUGGCUAAAGAGAGAGAAACCUGAAGCAGUAUCAGGAUGCAGCAUAAAAGUCCCCUCUUUUGGGUAAGUGGGUAAGUAUCCACUUACCCUCUGCCUGAUCAUGAAAUUGAUGGGAGUUUGGUAUGGAGGAGGGGACAGAGAGCGAUAAAUGAAAGAAGAGGUGACAAGAAUAGUCAUCAUUUGUUCAGUCUGAGGAUAUUUCAGUCACAGGUCCUCUCUGUUAAUUUCAGGUAAAGUUCAUCAGGGUAAGUGGUCUGAAAACAAGCACUCCCCGUGAUCAAUCAUCCCACGUAGUCGCACUCAGGUCAAAGAACAACACACUUACAUAAUUAGUUUUUUUUUUUUUUUUUUUACACAGUAAGGCCAACAAUACAACAAAACAGAUACUUUAACUCUGUAUUUGCUUCCAUGUCUCUUGACUCAUCCUCUUCUGCCUCUUAUCACUGAGAUGUUUGAGUAUUAUCUGAACAGUUGUGGGUAAAACUCCAAACCUCAUUAUGUCAGUGUGUAAUUGAAUCUGAUACUGCCAUGUGAUUCAUUCCUGCAAAGUAUUAGAUGAUGUUUUGUGUACUUUACCAUCUUUGAAAAUCAAGUUAAUAAAUAUAUUAAUUACACACAGCUACUUGGACAGGGGUUUCAUUUGUGUUGUAUUAGAACCUCAAACCACAAGUUGACAAAGCUGAAGUUUAUCUUGAGUUUUUCAACCUGGCAUUACAAUAUAAUGUAAGCACUCGUUGUCUGCUUGUCUUUCCUCUUCUUUUUCGCUAACUCCACCAAGGCAUUUCCAUCAAAAAAGCAUAAACACUACACGAUACAAAUAUUACAUUUGUUUUUCAUUGUAACACACUGUGCCUCAGGGUGGAAAUCCUGGCCAACAUUAGUCAUGAAUACAAACUAAAUCGUUUGACUAUCUCAUGAGAGAGUUAUUUUGACACAAACAUGCUAUCAUUGGAUUAACCUUCUUCUUGUUAUCCUUGUCAUAAAUUUGUUAUAAAGAUUUUGGGUCAAGCAAACAGACGUAUAUCAAGUUUUCCUCAGGGAUGUAAAUGUGUAAAUUCAGUGUAUCAGGUGCUUUGACUGUUACUCAUUAAAAUAAUUAUAUUUUUCAAAUUAUAGCUUUAUACUCUAGGAUCUGAUUAUCAGCAAAUGUUACUAUUAUUUUAACUUUUUGUAGAAAGUUUCAAAAAGAUAAUUUGCUGACUGUUUUUCCUAGAUCUUAUACCAUGUUGUUCAGGCUACAGCAGGGGGUUUGUCCCCCUGGUGUGGCUUUAACACUGAUACCACAGUGUUGCAGCUGUGUUUAAGCUAGAUUGCUGAGUGGUUGUGGUAACAGUAUAAACAGCGACCAGGCGUUAGCUGUUGGAGCUGACAGCAGAAGGACGCUGAGGAAAAAGUUUUACUGAAAAGUGAAAAAAGUCACCAUGCUCAGACUCUCAUGUUAAGGCCCCUCCCCUGCUACUGUGACAAUACUGUAGCCAUGAGAGGAAUGUGGGGCUGCAGAUUGUCUCACUGUAGAUUGUACUUCAGUGUUUGCUCUUGUGCAAAGACACUUAUGAAUAAGAAAUGUCAAAGCACAAGGGAGCUUUUUGCGCUCUGCCCCAUGUGACGGUUCCCUGUCUUGCUCAGAGGAACCACAUUGGAACAUUUUCUGUUGACAACAUUAUGGCUGAAUGCUUAAUAAGCAUAAGAACUGUGGGAGCUAUUCUCAACAAGAGUCCUUUGAAAGGCUGAGUGAAAUAAUGAGCUGAAUCCUAUAGUUAUUUUCACAAAGCUACCCUCUUUCUUUUGAAAUACACCGUAUAAGACUUUUUUAAACUUAAACUUUUAUUUAGGAGAGUAAUGAUAAAAGUAAAGAUCCAAGAUAUAAAUAUAUACGACAAAAUGGCCUGGCCCAAAAGUUUUGAAGAGUACCUUAAUGUUACUUUGAUAACUAAUUUAAGAGUAAUUGAGUAAUAUUUUCCAAGAUGUUCACAGUAUUGAAACAACAUUUAUUUCACAGACUGAAAUAAAACUACAUAUCUAAUGGUGGCCUUGAACUUUUACACAGUAUUGUAUCUCUGUCAAUCCUGUCCAAAAAUGUUGAAAAGCAAUUUAUUAGUCUUUAUUAGCUGUUUGUGAAAUUUUGUGCUUGCACGCUACAUUUGCUCACAUCGUGUGCAUCUCCUGGGGGCUAAGCCCCCCUGUCCAUAAAACCUAGUGACACCCCUGUUGUGGUGUUUGAUAAGAUUUGGCGGCUUUAUGCUGAUUGCACAACAUGUGUCAACGGCAAGUCUACUGGUUAUGCUGUGGGCUUAAGAACACUAGUUUUGGAUCUACCCACUGGGGAUUCCCCAUAAGACCUAUAAACUCCCUUUCGGUUUGAUUUGGCAUCACUUAUGCAUGACAACUAUGGAUGCUGAUAUUUAAAUAUGACUGUUGUUUCUGCAUUCAACCAAUCGAAACCAUUUGUGGCGUGGCAUCAAAGCAAUCAGGGUUCUGCUUGUGCUUGGUGCCAUAGGGGCUAUAAAGGUUCCGCUAUGUAUUCAAGAUUGACAGAUUUCAGUCUUCAGCCCUGGGCUUCAGUCUUCAAUCCAUUUCAGAUUGCUUAAUAGAAAUCCCAAAGUCAACUAAAGGUCAGUCAUUUUGUUUUUCACUUGGUAGUAUUAAUUAAUUGUUGUAUUUUGUCAAAUGUAACUCUUUUGUAAUUAGUAUCGGCAUUGAAAACCUAAUUAGUCGACUUGUAGUGUGUGCGAUCGUUUUCUGGUUCUUUCAGAUAAAAUAUGAGACAAAGAAACAGGUUGUCUAAAUGUUCUUAAAACUUGAAUUUUUUAAAUCAAAAACACAAUUUUUCACAAGCUUAUAAUUACAAAGUGCAGCACUGACAUAUCUCUGCUACCAAAAGGUUGUAUUACCCACCUAACAGGCAAAGGUGGAUAUCUAAAGUAGGUUUUGUCAGUUAAAUGUGACUGACAAACAGCACUUUUUUGACCAUAUUAUCAAAAUUUCUACACACAAGCAUAAAAAGUUUGUACAAUGAAAAGCAUUUUCAAACAAAAGUCUUGUUUUGUUUCCUGAGUCUCUAAACUCGUACAGACAGAACAGAGGAAGAGCUCAGGCCUGCUCUCCUCUUGACCCUGUUUCCCUGUGGGCUGUAGUAGAGGGGUGUCCUCUCUUUAGACCGGAGGAAACUGGGGGCUGGGUUGUGUGUGUUUGAGUCUAAUAUUAGCCUCAUAGUGUUUGAGUCACACGGUGGGCCCUACUUCCUGUUUUCGCUGUCCGAGUUUACUUCCCAGAGAAAGAGGGGAAGAGGGAGAAGGAGAUAGCUCUCCAGGUGCCCCACUAAAGCUCCUGUUAUCAUUCCUUUAUCAGCAGCUCUGUUCCUGUACAGUGUCACUCACUACACAGAACAGAAAAAUAUUUUAAUACAAAUAUUGUGGAUUGAAUUGAGAUGAGGGCUGCAGGUGGAUAAAGCUGCUCUGUUUCUCCUGUAUUGACUUCAAAGAUGGAGUCUGUGAAGAUGCUUUCCUUGAACUGUAGAAUUCUGCAAUGUCAUUUCCACUCAGUAUUGUCCCGUCACUUUCUUUCUGUUUGUGCUAAUUUCAGCUCUGUUUUGUGUUGCUUUUCAAAGAUUUAUUUUUAGGUAGGAGCCAUCAAAGUUAGUCUGUCAAUAAUUCGGUUUCUCUGCAGUAAUUGGAGGAAAACAAAGAGCAAAAGUAAAAUUUGAUGGAUCACUCAGGCCUCAUUCAGACAGCUCAUUAUCUCCACACAGAUGCUUAAGUCCACAGAGUCCUCCAAAUAUUGAUUUUCUUACUAAUUAAACUCAGCUUUAGGAUGUUUCAUCACAAAGCAGGGUGCAGCAGUGAGUAAUUGAAUUUGUUACAAGCUCCCUCGCCUGCUUACUUUUUGUGUAAAACACGAGCAUUUCAUGAACUGAAACCAUCCCAGGUGCAGGUAAGCUCAUACCCACAGUGUGAUACUGACUGUGUAAUACUCUGAGUCACAGAAAUCAGCAAAAGAAAGAGUGAAUCAGCUUAUCUUUAACACUGCCACGCAAGACAAAUAUCCGAGCGUAUGCUGUUUAUAAAUCAUAGUUUGAAAUGUAGAGGUCAAAGUCUGAGGAAUGUAUGUGACACAAAUCAGAUUUGGGCUCCACAGGACAGACUUAAACUUAGCAAGGAGAAGUCUCCAUUUCCUCACAAACAGGAUGAGAAGAGAGAAAACACCCUGUCAUUCUGCACACUCACACACAUGUACAUGACUUACUCAAGGGAGGAACUAAUAGACAGCCGCAUCACUCUUAAAAAAGUUGAGGGGAGGUAGAUAGACUAAUUUUACCAGUGACAGCUCCAGGGCUCAACAUAUGAUCACACUACAGAGAUUGUUUCAUUUUAUUGUCUCAGUAUGAUAAAAAUAGCAAUGUUGCUGUACUAGGACUAAAAUACAUAAAGCAGAUGUAGAGAUUACAGCCUAAAACAUGAGGUUGGGUUGACAUCAUGACUUGAUGUUGGGUUGAUGUUGUAACUUCCCAGUGAGGUGAUAUCAACCCCCAGUGUUGGACUGAUAUGACCAGAAUUAAGCAGCAGCUUCUAGCUUUAAGAAACGCAGCUCGUGUUGAAGUGCUGAAACUAGGCCUGGGCGAUUUGGCAAAAAAAAUGAUCACGAUAUAUCCUGUCGUAUUGUCCAAUCUCGAUAAUUAUCACAAUUUUUUUUUUUACUGCCUGUUUUAAAGUAUCUGUACUAAAAACUAAAGAAACUAGAGAUUAUUUCAACAUUUUAUUAACAUACAAAGUAAAUAACAAAGAAUAUGAUACACUUAGAAAAAUAUAAAAGCCUUUUAACUCAACAAUAUGACAAAUGUAGAUAAAUAAUACAGUUAAUUAGUUUACAGUCAUGAGUGUUUUUGCAGGUAUGCAAGACCCAAAAUAAACAAAUAGCCCUCUCUUUGAUAAUGAAGACGCCUUUAAAUGUAAACAUUAGAUGAUGUAAACAUAGAUGAUACGAUUAAUUGCUGCUUUGGUCUAAUGGCUGCACCGCUAGUUGUGGCUAAACUGCUAAUGCUAGUUGUGCUGUCAGCAGUGGCAGGCUGUGCAGACUCCGCUCACAUUUUCAUGCUUUUCACAUAAUCACUCAGGAAGAACUUCUUCAAAUGAUUAAACAGAUUUGUUGUGUUGCCAGUUUUUGAGGGCACAGACCGCCGACAUACCUUUGACAUCGGCUUAAUUACUUGACGUCACUCUGGAGAUACCCAGACCACCGCCACACAACCGACGUUUAAUAACUUGUCAACAGUAACAUCUUUGGAGGAUGACUCAAAGUCACGGCGGACAUCUAUUUUGCUGUCCUCAGCUCCGCAUUUAGCUCCACGUUCGGUCAUUCUGUUUACUUCCCCUGUUUACUCCUCUGGUAAUUUAUGGAAGUGAGCAAGAAAAGCUUGACUCUGAUUGGCUGUUGUGACACACAUUGUACACACUAUAAAGGGUGGACAUUUUUCAUGUUACUCAUCAGUUUUGAAGAUUCUGAGGUUGUGAUUUUACAACAUUAGGGGUGUGGCCGAUGUGACUGACAGGUGGGCACGUGAUAGCUGUUAGCUCUGCCUCUUUGACUACAUUUACAUGUGCCCGCCUAUUUUCAUAAAGGGACAAGUCACCCUCUCUGUUUACAAAAAAAAAAAAACUGCGUGCAUACCACUACGUUUUCAGAAAAGUUUUCGUUUACACUAACCUGUGUAUAUAUGCCGUAGGUGGCAGUGUAGCAAGAAGCUCAAGCCCACGCUAGCCAAUCAGAAUCCCACGUAGUAGCAGCAGCAACAACAAUGUCACUUCCUUCUUUCCUGUGCACAGUUUACCGUCGACUACCCAAAUCUCUGUCUUUCUCUGUUUACAUGCAAACGUGCAAACAGAUUUUUCCAAAAUCUCUACUCUGGCUGGAGUCUUUAAAAAGCAUCGUUUCCAGUGUCAAAUUCUCCAUUUGUGUCUGAACCUAGGUUGCAAACAAUGGUAUUUGUCCCUGUUUUUUUUUUAAAUAACUGGGUAUGUACAAAUUUUAGGCCUUUAUCUACUGAAAGUAAGGAUGAGUCAGCAUUUCUAACAUGAUGACUGCCUUGAUUGGGUAUUGGGAAACUAAUAAGCUGUGUCGCAGAGAAAACAUCCAAACUUUUUAAAGUCCUGAUUUCUAGACCUGAUGUUGCAUUGACUUAUAAAUCUGACACAGAGUAGAGUGAUGGAUGAAAUUUCUGCUGUAAUCAGCAUUUUUGUCUACCUUCUUUCUCAAAUUGCAGGGAAAAUGGUUUUGAGCAACGUAGCCAAAAGUUCAAGCCAGACCAGCAAAACACAAUGAAAAAGAAUACUUUAGAGAAUGACAGAUGUUUCUUCUUAAUAGUAUAUUUUAGAGCUUUGUGCUUAUCUUUUUCUUAAAAGGACAGGACAGUUGAUAGAGCAGGAAUCAAGGGGUAGGGAUAUGUGGGAAAGGAGCCCAAGGUCAGACUCAAACCUGGGCUUUCUGUGUGAGGUUUGUGACAUCUCUUUCAGGGGCACACAAGGCCAGCAGUACCCCUACUCAACAUCCACAUUUUGUGAUGUAUUCAAAGACUUCACGGUUCCUGCUAUCCACAAUUCUGCCUCGGAUGGAUGUCUCUGUCUUAGAUGAUACAUAGUCAGCACCCUUCUCCACUUGCUCUGUUUGCUGUCAGGAACUUUUGACACUUCAUCUGGAGUAAGUCUUGACUCUGAGCUGAACCCUCUGGCAGACACAUGGUUUAAUGUCCUGUGUCGUACAGGGAGCAUAAAUGAGCCUUUACUGUAUUUCAGCCACAUUUACUUAGAUGAGCAAACAUCGUCCACAGCUGUGUUAUACAACCCCAAAGCUAGUAACUUCCAAACACUGGGUCUGCUGUUUUUAAGUCUUCUAUUGUGGUUACGGAGUCUGGUUUGGCACCACAUUACCAAUUGGAUUUUUCAGUGUAGCUUAAGGUAAAAGUACAAAAACUGCCGCUUUUCACCUCUAUCAGAUUCCCCCCUCUUUGAUCCAUCCUGUGUUUUUGUGUGUGAGUGUCAGAGUGUGUAGCUGUAGGUCUUUUUGAGGAUACAUGCAGCCACAUGACUCCAGCUUGACUAAAGCUCAUGUGAUACUGUAGAAGCAUUGGGACAACUCUCUCUCUCUGUUUGUGUCUCUGAGGAACGAGUCACAGUGUGAUUAAAUGAAGCUCAUUAAUCUCCAGCUGACAACAUGUGACUCUGAUAAUUACAUCUUAACCUCAGUUGGAAAUAUAAGAGAAUUAGUAUCCUAAAGAUGCCUUAAUGCGUCUGCAGGUAUCUUUUUUUUGUUUCCCCUUGGUGUACUUAAUGACCUUGUUACCAUGGACACUGUCCCAAUAACCAAGUCAAGCAAGCAAACAAACAAGAGUAGCGACUCAACUUUAACUUGGGGCAGAAGCUCUCUGUGUAAGACCUUUCUGUACCUCGACUCAAGCAUGCUGCUGCUGUUUAAUUAAAUUAAACAGAGUUAUAUUUAGGGAUGAUCUGGAGUAGCUCAUUUGUUAUUUAUUCAAACAGGAAUACAAAAUCCCUCGACUUACUCGUCUUAAGGUAUGAUGAAAACAGAAAAAGUGAGAAUAGCGGUUUUCAGUCAUGUGAUCAUGAUGGCGCGAGAGGGCGGGGCGCUUUCAGAUGGAGGGCAGGAAGUAAACAUGGAGAAUAUGUCUAUGGAGAAAACCAUUGCAGAGAGUCUGUAUUGUAGGAAUUCAGAUUCAGUUUUAAAGAUACGAGCUGUUGAUUUGCAAAUAUGUUGGACGUGACCCGUAUCUCAUUAAGAUUAGUGAGUUUUCAUCAGAACGUAAAGAUUUGCAGACAACCGAAGCUGUUGAUCACCAACUAUCUGGUCCUUCAGAUAUCUACACCAAACAGCAGAUGAAAGCCUUUAAAAGUCUGGAGGAAUAUAACUUUUUUGUCAUAUAACUUUUAUGUAACUUUUUAUUAUUGAAGAGAUGCCUCUAAUUUGGGCUUGGUUUUUUGGUAACUGAGGUUGACCGUCAGAGCCCAGUCUACCAACUCAACGUCACCAAAAGCGCUAGGGCAGCCUAAAAAGUCCAGAUGAAGUCUGUAUUAGACUACCAGUAACUUUAUCGUAUUGGUUACUAAGUAAAUGAGCAUUUAACGACAAUCUAAUGCUAUAUAAACACAGCUAUAAAAAACAAGUUAGCAAGCUUACAUACUCUGACAAAGUGGUUACUGCAGACACGGCCGCAGACUUAGGUCUAAAAUCAGUUUUUUACGGCGUUCUGUGAAUUUUUUCCAUUAUUCAGGCAUUCAAUAAAACCUCUUUUCCUUUUCAUGGUUUGAACGAUUCGAGUGGCCGUAAACCACACACAACAUCGGCAUUUUCUCAGAUGAGUCUUCAGUAAAUAAACAGUAAAUAAACACUUCCUGCCCUCCAUCUGAAAAUUUCGCGCUCUCACAAUGCAACAUUGUGAAGGCACGUGAAGCUCAGCUAUUGAGUGCAAACAUGGGAUCACAGAGUUGGGUUUUCCUCACAGAUUUACAUCCACACGCCUUUGCUGGUUAAGCAUUGCUUGGGUUGGGUGGUUACAUGUUGAUGUAGUAUAACCAGAGACAACCAUUGACUUAGUCUCAGGAAUUGAUGAGUGGCUUCAACACAGCUUAAACAAACAUACGACUGAUGUUUCAGGUCUACAAAAUUAAAUUUUGAGAACUUAUUUAACCAACAAAUAAAGUCUUGGGGCUUGCCACAAAUACCUAUCCAAACUCAAAUACCUUUCCCUUCCUCAGAUAACCCACUAAUACUGUCACUCAGCCUCAUACACAUACUUCUUAUACCACCUGUAGUCACUGGGAGUUUUUCAGUCUACUGUAGGUAGUUGUCAGACAUUACUAGAUGUUAGUUUUUUCCAGGACGGAUGGAAACAGCUCAAUAAGUUUUCAGCUUUUGUCAGUUUGUACAUUUAGAAGACUUAUGUGAUGUGGUGUGUUCAAGGCCUCUGGUGCAGGGCUGCCUGAGCUCCACAGUGAGCUGUUUAUAAAGAGCAAACAGCCCCAGUAUAAAUCUUUAAGAAGGGCUAAUGGCCGACAAAUGCUUCAGGUAUGUUUUCAGUUAGUGCUGCUGGGAGGACAGGAGGAUACACUGUUCAAGUGUGUGUGUGUGUGUGUGUGUGUGUCUGUGUGUGUGUGUGUGUGUGUGCAGCAGUUUGUUUAUGAUCCUGUUUAAUAGAAGUUAUGUGUCAGUGUUAACACAAGUGCAUCUGACUGCCAUUGUGUCAACCAGUUCUUGAUUGUGAGUUUGUGGCUAUGUGUGUAUGUUUUGUGUGGGUGACUGUACAUAGUGGAAGCAGAUGGGUGUGUGGGCGGUCUCUUCUACUCUCCUCCCCUCACGUAAAGAGAGAGAAAGAGAAAGAGAGAGAGAGUAUUAUGAGAGUCGUAUAGGGGAGAUGGGUGUAAAGAGUGCAGAUGUCUCUUUCAUCUUAUUUUCCCUACCUUUUUCAUACAGAUGCUCCAUUUCAACAUAAAAGCAAUAAUCAACCGUUAUUUUGCUUUGGUAGGUUCAAGGCUUGUGAUUUUGGUAGUUUGAUGUCUUUAAAGAAUUUUUAUGAAAGGCCAUAAUGGAUGAAGAAGAAAUCAUGUAUACUCAAUUUCAGACAUAACAAGCGUAUGACAGACUUUGAAUAGUUUUAUUUUUUGUCUGUGUUGUGAGUCACUCUUGUGAGUCUACCAAUUUAACUGUGCAUCUCGAGAUACAUCAUCCUGAACAGUAACUUGCAUAACAAGUAUAAUCAAAAAUCCAACCCUAACAUGCAUCUCUAGCUCAGAGCUUUACAUGGAACCAUGUGUAGGCAUGAUUUUAUAAACCUUAUGGUACAUACAGUGAAGCCUCGCUCUCCUUGCCAGUUUUUUUUUUCAUUAUCGACUCUCUCUGUGCUCCUCCUCCUCCUCCUUCCUGCUCACAUGUGUCAUCAACCCUGCAGUGAGUCAGUUAGAGGUUAAUGCACAUGUUUUCUCACCUUCUCUGCUCCCUUUUCUUUUGUUUUUCCAGGCAUUGAUGUCUAUCUGCAUCUGCAAAACCACAAGGAAAUGCCAACUACUGCUGUAUUCUGCACAGAUGCUCAUUUGAGCUCAAAUCUACAGCGUUGAAAGAAACAGAUAGGACAACAAAAGCAUAAGGAUUCUGUGAAUAUUUUGGGUUAUAUUUUGGAUGGAUUGCAACUAGUGUACUCAGUAGCAUGGAUCUACAUUUUUUAUUAAAUAAAAAUGAGAUAUAUCCGCUAUAGUGGAAUCAGCUGGAUAAGGAUAUUGGGGUACAGGUGCUGAUCAUCUUGACAGCAAUGGAUGGAGGUGCACACACUUAUUUUCCUCUAGAGCUGAUGAAUGAGUCAAGCUAACACUAGCUUAGGUCAAAUGAGAUAUGCUGUAGAUAUUCUAACAUGAUUAGUCCAACUAAAGCAUGACAUGGGAGUGGUUAGGAAGUCAUUGUAAGCACAUGUGGUCAGUGACUAAACAAAGGAAUUACUGGGAUGAGUUUGACAUCAUAUUUUGAAAUACAGUGUUUUCGGAGAAACCAAACAGGUCUUCUCCUCUCAAAGAAAAUCUACAUUUUUUUUCAAGAAAAGAGCUGAAAUCCAACAGCAUUAAAGAAAGACCCUAAACCCUAAGAUCACCUAACGCUGGAUUGUGUGCAGCUGAUUCGACAGCCAAAACUGACUGAAACACAGGUGUAUCGUGCUCGUCAUGGAGGGUGGAACAUUAUCCUGAUACAGUCUGGCCUACCUGACACAAGUAUUGAUAAACAGGGGCAAAAUAUUGAUAAUUCAAUUAAAUAAACACAGAUUUCCUGCUAACUUAAAUUACUCUGUCACUGCUUUAUGACUCCUCACAGUAGCAUUUUAGGCACAAACGGUAGAAACAUGAACAGCAGUUAACUAACUGAGGAUGAAGAUGACAGCUGCAUUAUAUCAUGAGUUUAUACCAACGGUGCCAGCCUAACUGUUUGUAGUCCAACAGUUUGUGUCUGUCUGAUUAUCGGGAUAGUCCCCUAUCGGGACACCCCCUCAAGAGAUAAAUGUUGCCGACUGCUUGUUUCUCGAGUGAUACCAACUUUGCAACGACAGCACAAUAGCAAUACACAGCGGUCUAUGUCUCUACGUGCAAACCUCAACCAAAAAGCCACUCUUUAGCCACAAAUAAUGCUCAAGACAGCACCUAACUUCAUCAACAGUACAUAUAGGGUCCUAGUCAUAGUACUAGCCAUCAAACAUCCUUUUAGCUUUGUCUGAUUUCUUUAGCAAAGAGACCAAACACAACUCACCCACUCUCCUCCAGCAGCCGCUUGUUUGUGGGGGAGUCGAUCACUGAGUGCAGUUUAUCGUUUCCUUGAAGUAAUGAUCAUUAUAAUAAUCAUUUUGCACUGCGGACGUGCUAGAUCUUCUGCCUUAAUGUCUCGGUCUGAUUGCAUUUCCAUGAAGUAAUAAUCAUAAAUGUUCUUCCUUGAGCUGCGAAACUCUACUGAUUGGGUGUGGUAGGGUUUGGAUGUGGAUCUCAAAAGUUAUAAACAGUCACAUGAUUGCAACACAGUGUUUCGCAACCAAUGAAAUAGUAUAAGUUGGUGGACUGUGUAAGUGUCAUUUUGUGUAGCUAAAGACAUGUUAAUUAAAAACCUUCUCUGAUAGCACAGACUGUCUCUUAGUGUUUUCACACAGACAUUGACAGUGUUUAGUUAUGCUGAGACAAAAGAGAAUAUCCAGACAUUUGUGUCAUCCAGUCUCACAGCUUGUUUCAGUAUGUGAGGAAGAUGGAAAAAAGCUGUAAUUUUUGUUUUACAUUUUUGGGAUUCUCAGCUGUUCAGAAAAAGUAUACAAAAGUGAAGUACAAAAUAUGUCAAACAGAAAAAUUGCACACAUUUUGCAGCUAGCAUAAGGGGGUAGUGUUAAACAGAGGGAAAAAAGAGAUUGGAAAUUAGAAUUGGUUUAGAAGAAGGACAGAGAAAAGGGGACAAAGAGAACAAGAGGGACAUUGUGUUUCAUCGUCUCUCUGUGAUGGGGAGCACACAGCCUCAAACUUCACGCACACACACACACACACACACACACACACACACACACACACACACACACACACACACACACACACACACACACACACACACACCCUUUCUAUCUCUCUCUUGUGAGGACACUGCUGAAAAAGGGCUUUAUUAGCAAACUUUUUGAGAGCCAUCCCUUCCUGUAGCUGUGUUUUAUAAGCUUUUUCAGACAUUAGCUCUCACACCUGGGUCAAACUAUUGAUGAAUCAAAGCCUACAGCUAUAAAUUUAAAAAAUUUAAAAAAACUCUGAUUACCUAAAGGAAUAUGUAAAAUGACAUUUGAUCCAAACUAUCUGGCAUGGGACCCUCCAAAUCUUUUGUAAUCCGGAAGUAUAAAACUUUAAAGAGAGUUCAAAAGAACUAUGGAGACUGAAGCAGCAGAGGCAGAGACCCCCCUUCAUUUCCCCCCACUUUGGGUGAAAAAUAUGAAUACUACACCUCCCAUGAUGCAAUCCUUCAGGCUCCCUUUGCCUCAGAGCCUGAAGGACUCCUUUUAGUGCUCACAUUUGACCUUUAAAACUGAGGUUUCUUGUAAACUUUCCUUUUGUUUAUUUGUCUUGGAGCCAAGAUGAGAUAAGGUCUGAUGACAUCACUGUGACAUCAUCAGGGAUACUUUCCCAGGCUGGACCGAGCUCCUUGAGAGGCACACAAGACAUUACUCGACUGACUUAAGUCAAAGCGGUGCUGAAAUCCUGAUUUAAUCCUUAUCUAAAAGUUUCUCCAGGAACCUUUUAGCCCUUUGGCAGCUUUUUAAGAGAAGAAAUGACAGCUUGCUUGUUUUCCAAAAAUAUCCUCAGUCUCAAGGUCAGCGAGUCAAUGUGGUCCUCAUUGGAAGAAAAAACAAGAAUGUGUCUCGGGAGAGAAGCUGUACCUCCAAAGAGAGCAUACUACCAAGUGUUAAGGGUUACAGAUGCACUAGAAUGAAAAAUAUACCUAUGGGUGUAGAUUUAUUAAAGUCAGUUCACGAUGUGCAAAUUAAUGAUAAAGCAUUCCUGAAGUAAUGAUGUUAAACUUGAUUUACAGCCUUCCUUAUGCAGUGGAUUUACUGCAGACAAGCGGAAACACACACAUACACACCUAGGCUCGCCACUUUCUUUUUGCAGCUGCUCAUGCCUGGCCUCCUGUUUAGCCAUGGCUGUCUGAGACUAAUUUGUCCCUGUUGAAUAAGUGAUGAAGCAGUAUUGCAAUCAGGCCAGCACACAUGCGUGUACAUGCACACACACUCUCUCUGUCUCUCUCUCACACACACACACACACGCGCGCACACACGCGCACGCACGCACACACACACACACACACACACACACACACUUCUGUCUCAUAAAAGCUCAAUUAGUUGUCGAGUAAGGAAAAUGUAAGUCAGCUGACACUAAUAUCAUGUAAACUCCUACCGUUGGGUCUCAUGCUUAUCUGCUUUUACUCAUAUGAGAGCCACCAGGUUUUGAGAACUGAAUGCUUUUUAGAUUAACGAGGCAUGUAUCAAAAAAAUGAGACAACGGAUCAGAGUUCUGUGAAGAUUUAUCAUUCGUGCUGAAAAGUCAGCUGAUUGCUAUUCUUUUUAAGUCUGUUUUUUACUCUUGUUUUGUUACCCAACAGGUAGAGAAUAUGACGGAUUGAUGUUGUAUUUUCCCCUUUUGAAACUCUACAGUCAGGUUAUUCCUCUUAGUGGCCAACCCAGUCAGCAUGUGUGAAUCCAACACAUGGCAGAAGAUUUGAACAGCACAUGUUGUGUGCCUGACAGUAGCUUGCGAGUGAGGCAUCCUAAUUUAUUCCUAUGUUUGUCAAGAUUUGAUCUAGCGAUGGUAGUGCCCAUGUUUAAGAAACAGGAAGUGACAGAGAGAGCAGUGGUGGUUGAUUAACAUGGAGAUAAAGAGCAGUAAUAGGAAGCAACCUAGCAAAACUGAGAAACGAGAAGUGUUUUUUUUUCUAAUUAAUCAUGCUGGUCAUGCUUCAGAAUUUGAGAACAAAAACUUGCUGGUUUCACUUUGUUUGCAGCUGAAGUCAUGCUUCUUCCUGACUGCUGUGUAUUUCUAUGCACUGUCACUGUUACUACGCCUGAAUCUCCAUUAAAUAUCUUAUGCUUUGGAAGGUCCACACUGCUUCACAGUGAUUAGUUCGACGCGUCCCGGGUGGAAGCAAGAAGACUGACACAACAGCAGACUGACUGUUUUUCAGUUCUGAUUAGACACUAUUCUUGAGAUGACUGUCUGUCAUGAUAGCAUGUACUGAGUCGGGGCCAGUAGCAGAUAAGCACAUUAAACUAUAAUCCAUAAACGUAAGGUAACAACUGAGACCUAAUGGUGCUGUGACAGCAACGCGAUUGCAUUUGAGACAGUGAAAAUACGUAUGGUAUGUUGUUUCUGAACAGGUUAGAUUACGAGCUAAAGUUACUUAGCACAGAUGAAAGUUAAAACAAAGAUGUUUAGCAAACUGUUAAAGCACACAAACCAUCAUCGUAUGAGAAAUCCGACGCUAUGACUCUCCACAAGUUGUCCUUCAGGUCGUUAUCUUUGUAACGUUUGUGUUUUUUAUCAAAAUGCACUCUGUUCUCCAACACGUAAACAAUCAGCCGGUCGGCAAUGUUGGAUAUACAUGUGAAUCUGACGUCGCAACAACACGCAAUCUGAUUGGUCAGAAGUGGACACACAGUAUGUGAAACUUGAGAAAAAUUGACUGUGAUACGAAAAAAUAAAUGCCCCAAUAUCGCAGGACAGGAAAACGUCGCUGAUGUGAACACUUGUAUUGACAGGAUAUGAGUUCCAAAAAAAAUAUUGACAUCCCAAAUAAUCGCAUGAAAAAACAGCUCCCGGUCUGUAAGGACCUUUACACUGCAGUAAUUAUGAAAAGGCCUUUAACAUAUAGAGGCACCACUUUGAGAAACACCAUUCACAGACUCUGAAGUGAGGGGAUGUGCGCUGGCUGUGUUGGAUGAAGUAGGUCUAUGUCAUGAUUAUAUGAGAUGCCAGUUUUAAAAUGUACAUGUUACUAAAAGUGUUUUAGAUGUAAUGCAUUUUUCUAGUUUACAACUCUCAGUUCCCUGCAGCAAUAUAUUUAUAUAUGUAUAUAUACAUAAUUUGAAUGCUGCCGAUUGUCCUGGUGUUUAAAUCUGUAAUUGAAUAGUCCCACUCUACAGCAUGAGAACUGUCUAGCUGUAAGUUUACAAUCACUUCUGUGUGUAAAGAAAACCUUUGAUUUGUACCAAUGUGUAUGGCCCAAUGAGGCUGGUGUUGGUACUAUUUAAAAGUUAACAACUGAAAUAAGAGCAGUCUUAAAUCCAUUUUGAGUACAAUGUUGCUUCUUCAUUGGUAAAAGAUGAAAAGUGAGUCGAGAAAAUAUGUGUGUGUGUCUGUUCAUGUGGGUUUACACAGUGUUAAGGGAAUCCAAGCCAAGAGUUCAACAAUAUCAUGUGCUUCCACUUUAACCAUAACAGACUGUGAGUAUGUUUCUGUGUGUGUGUUUGUGUGGGACUGAGCUGGCAGGUGUGGACAGGAGUCAUCACAUGCUGUGGGACUUUUAUUUUCAGGCCAGACAAGAUCACAAGGAGCCCUGUACACACACACACAAACACAGACACACAGAGUCUGAAUCAUUCCCCUUGAUAAGGGGAGAGUUUGGCUUAUCAUUCAACAUUAAUCAUGCCAUUCAUUAUACAUGAAGCCUUACUCAGGAAAUCAAGCGCACCCUUUUAUACUGGCAAACCAAUUAACCAUUACGCGUCUUUUUUUCGAGGGUUCACAACACACAAACAGCCACUAAGAACACUUUCACAAAGAUUUUACAAUGCAAUAUUUUGGUGAAUGACUAAGCAGAUUGAGUGAUCCUCCAAGAGCACUACAACGAAUGCACAAACUAAGACACAAACAACUCUGCCUGCACACACACAAACAGCAUCCAGACAGAUGCAUUAGGGGCUAUCAGAGGGAAGCCUUCUCAAUUAAGUUAGCAGUUUACAAUUUAAUUUGCCUGCGUGUUCCUGUGUGUGUAUGAGUGUGUUUGUGUAUGUGCUUUCCACAAAGAAAAAACAUAUACCUUAAGAACAUUUUCUAUAAGGGUUAAGAGAUGUAGGCUCAUGUUAAAUAUGUAGUACAAGUCUUUCAUGCACACAAAUACACACACUUGACCUUCUGGUUGAGGCCAUAAUGAAGACCAUGUGAUGUUUAUAGCAACCGUCAUGCACCUGCAGAUGGAAUUACAGCUGAGUGGGUGCCAUUGAUUUUUACUGUGUGGGAUCUAAUGUGGUAAAUUUCAGAAUUAAGCUCAAAUUAAAUGAAGAAUUUUGCAGGAUUUUUUUUUAUUCUAUCCUCAUGAUGUCUAUAACAGUAAUUAUGAAGGGGAUCUUUGAAGAUCAGUUUGUCAGUUUUUAAACCACAAAUAGAUACAGAGCCUUUUUUGUGUGCUUACAAACAAAAAACCUCAGAUUUCCUUGAUAAAUUGAUAUUCAACUUUGGUUUGACAGCUAACAAACCUUGGUUAGCGACUGAAAUGUAGUUUAAAACCACCAGAUUUUCCAGUUAAGCUCAACAUGAACAUGUUGUUCUGUUUCUAGAAAGUUUGAGAGUCAAAGAACUUGGUGAUGAUAUGAUCAUCCUUAAACUUUAAUCUACACUUUUUUAACUUGCAGUGAUGCAGACAUGGUGUGAAGAUAGAACUUACUGUGUUGUUUCAUUGCAGAGGUCUGAAGCCAAAGCAUGAGCCACAGCUGACAUCCAAAGCCAACAUACAGUAUAGUCUAGGGCUGUAAUCAACCAAGAAAUUUUUGGUCGAUUAAAACCCUGAAAUCUUCGACCAAAAAUAGACUAAUCGAGGAGGGUAUUUUUCUAAUUCUGAUGGCAAACCCUUCUGCAGUGGGGGAUGACGCGGCUUGGCGGGGUGAAAACAUAUUGAUAUAUGCACAAGAAGGCAAUUAAACACAAAAGGCAAGUUAAAACGCUCAAAAUAAAAAUAAAUAUUCUGUAAACCACCAGAUGUUGAACAAUGUGGACGCCCUUCAAUCUUCCUGUUUCAAGCAGCUCUCUAUUAGGUUGAGCAAAUCCAAAAUGGUGAAAACAAGGGGGGUAUUUUGAGACAGGCUGUUACUUGUGAAACGGGGGUGCUCUGAACACAUCCCUAUGAGCACUUGGUACGUUCCUCCUGAUGAAAUUAGCCAUAGACUGUAAAUUGAUGCGGAAAAAAUUCAAGUCCACCAAUCAGAAUUUUGGUUGACUGGUCGACUUAUUAGUCGUAUCGACUAAUAAGUCGACCAGCCAACUAGGACUUUACAGCCUCAGUAUAGUGCCAGUGUUGAAAAGUAGAAGUGCUGUUGAAUUGGGGUGUGACUUUCAUGCAAGGGUUGAGGGAUGUGUACACUGAAUUGAUGAUGAAACAUGGUCAUUCUCAGUGGGGAAUUUGUUUCCAUUUUGGCCAAAUGAAAUAAAUGUUGCUUGGUUUUCGCUGUUUUUGUCUGGGUUUAGACUGGAGUCUUUCCUUCUAGACAAUUUAAAUAGUUGAAAAAAUAUCUGUUCCAUUGAUGAGGACUAUAGUUGCCAGCCUGUGUUAUGAUGAAACCCAACACACCAUAAUGAAAUUGAACAACGCAGAGUAAUGUGUAGGGGUGGGAGAAAUAAUCGAUACAGCAUAGUAUCGCAAUAUUUUGUCUGGUGAUAUAUUGUAUCAUCUCAUUUACCAAAUCUAUGAUAAUGGAAAAAUAAAAUCAAGUGGUUCUCCAGUGAGGUUGGCAGAGGUGACAUCAUAAAGAGGAGAAAGUCAGUGCAACAAAGGUUUCCAAGAUGUGCAACAUGAAAAUAAAAUCCAGCAUAAAUAAGACAAACAUAAAGGAAAGCCAAAUGCUAAAUUAGCUAAAGAGUUGAAAUUUUUUUAUAAAUCACAAUAUAUUGUAUCACAAAACUCACUGUAUGGCAAAAUGUUAAAAAAUCGCAAAAAUAUCGUAUCGUGGCCCAAGUAUCGUGAUAAUAUUGUAUCAUGGGGCCACUGGUGAUUCCCACCCCUAGUAAUGUGUGAUAGACAAACCAAUUCUGAUUGCUGUAAAUGCUACCAACCCUCUUUCCUCCAUUUUGAAAACAUGUAUCAUCACUGCAUGCCCUUCUUCUGACCUUUGACCCUGCGUGUACAGUCUACAGUCCCCAGAUAAACAAGUAGGAGGAGGUGGAGGACUGCGGUGUGUCCUUAAUCCAUGUUUAUGAGAGUUAACACAAAGCAACAUGUGGACACACACAUUCACAAACACACUGAAAGGCCUUUUCCUUCCUCUACUGCUUCUAUAUUUAGUGACAUCUGCACCUGUGUGUCUGAGCACGCUCAGUAGCAGCUGGUGAAUGGAGGCCUGUGACCUCACAGGAAGGGGGAGGGAGGGUGUGUGUAUGUGUGUGUUUUUAGGGGGAUGUUAUUUGGAGUCUACAGAGACAUUAAGCUGUUUUUGCUCACAGUAAUAUCAUUACUAGCUUAAAAUGGGUUUAUUAGUAACGUUAAUACAGAGUAAAGAUUCAGUCUUUCAAGACAACACAGUGUUCAGAUCAUUUUCAAACUCGGGUAAUCGAAUUGAUUGGUCACCUGACAUUUAACUUCCUCCCAUUAGACAACAUGUGAAGCUCAACUUUAAAAAUGUUUGCAGCUGACACAGAUCAAUUGAUUUUUUUGUGUCCUUACCUUUGUUGGCUUGUCUCGCUGCGGUGAGAGAUAUCCCAAAAAAAUAACGUUAAUUUUCUGCAAGCACCACCAAACUUACAUCAAAUGCAUCAAGCUGCCUUAAAAGCACUUCCUGCUGCAGGUAGUGAGGUGGAGUGGAGUAGACUCUCUGGGAGGGGACAACAGCCAUACGAAAUAAGUCAUUUUGACACGAAACCAACUCUGCAUCGAAACAGAAUACAACAAAUUGAUAUUCUCAUAAAUUUAAGCUACUAUCAGUAAAUGAAAAUCGCAUUUUCUUCAUAAUGUUAUGUGGGUCAGCCUUAUUUCAAACACUAUCACCCCCUACACUGUCAAAAUGGUUUGUUCCUGCAGCUCUUAAGCAGGCAGCAAGUGUUUUGACUCCGCCCUCUGUUGAAGAGAGAAAACCAGGAAGAGGUGAGCACUUUCUCUACGAAUUGGGCAUACAGGACUCAAUCAGAUCCUGUGUUUGAUAAGAAAACAUUCAACAGGACUUUGUGAUUGGUGUAAGACAGCAGAAACAGUAAAACAUGUACUCAUUGAUUGUGUUUAACACACACAGGAAAGGCAACAGGUUAGUCACCAACUUGACAAAGAAAAUCUGGAUCUCACUGUAGAGACUUUAUUAGGGUCAGCAUCUGACUAAGUAUUCAAGUCAUUAAUGAAGUACUUGAGGGAGAAUGCCUUAUUGUACAGAGUUUGAAGCUUAGUGAGUAUAUAUAUGUCAAUCAAUCAAUCAAUCAAUCAAUCAAUCAAAUUUUAUUCAUAUAGCGCCAGUUCACAACAGUCGUCAUCUCAAGACGCUUUUCAAUGAACAAGAGCAGGUCUAGACCAUGCUGAUUGUUUGAUGAAUUAUCAAGACCCAACCUAAGAUGAGACUUGGCUCUUCUCAACUAACAGUGGCAAGGAAAAACUUCCUUUUAACAGGCAGAAACCUUGAGCAGGACCAGACUCAUGCCAGACAGCAACCAUGCCGCUGCUGGGUUGGGGAGGAAUACAGAGAGAUAGGAUGUAUAGAUAUAUAUAGCUUUUUUUUUCCUGCUUAAUGUCCUGUGUCACACUCCAAUCCAGUAGGUGGUGGUAAUGCUCCUUAAGCUGGUUUUCAACCAUCAAUAAAACAAACAAGAAGAAGAAGGUGAGCACUUCCACAUUUUAAAAGCAGUUGAAGUGAGCUUGAUGGGUUGAUAGUGCUUGGCAAACGCAGUAACAUCAGGUGGCUUAUAAAUCUUAAUGCAGCCCUACAAUCAACAAAAAACACCUCACCUUGGUGAGUUCUUUUGUAGUCUUGGUCUAAUAAGUAAUGACACUCUUAAGAUGGCUGUGUAUCAUAACAAAAGGCUGUGUGCAUACUUUUGCCCUGAUGUACUAUAUUAAAUAUUUAUACUUCAAUGCAAUAUGCCAAAACAACUGGGCAGUAUCUUCACGUCAGCCCGGCAUUUUUUUUUUAAAUGUUUUCCUUCUUCAAAUUUGAGUUAAUAGUGAUGUUGAGUUACUAAUCUAAUUAAAAUACAAUGUAAAACUUAGUAUACUAGCACAAGACAACAGGCCCUAGUUCACUUUACAAUAGGGUGACGGUAUGUCCUCUUUUACCCGGGCAUCACACCGGUCCUCUUUUUUGGGGGACUUUGUCCCGGGAAGUUUAUAACACCCUGCAAAUGUCCGUGGUUUUGUACGCAAGUUUCGAGUUUGUGUCACAUGGACUUUCUGAGUUAGAGGUGCGAAAAAAGACUCUUGAUCCGACCCAAAAAACUCUCAAAAUUAACUUCAUACGACUCUGCGUAUUUGUGUCCUCUUUUUGGGAAUUCAGAAUAUGGUCACCCUACUUUGCUAUGUAUGCUCCCACUAAUAAUGCCAAUCAUUGACUACAACAGCAGUUUUAGUUAGCGUAAUUUUAUAAAGGCUAAAAUAAACCAUCACACUAAAGAGUUGUUCACAAAACAACAAAAGAACUGUUUUCUUUUUGAUUGGCACUUUUUUUUUUUCAAAGACAGCCCAGUUUUCAAAUAUGCUCCUGUCAGUCUUAUUGUUCAUAAUGUGUAAUGUUCUGGCAACCAAAACCACCCCCUUCCAUCCUCUGCCAGAUUCACUGUCAUAUUCUGCCACCCUCAUCUCCUCAUGUCCAUCUGCCACAAUGACUUCCUUCCUCCUGCUGCCUCUUGUUGAAAAUGCAGAUUGAUGGGAAUAAUUAUCCUGUUAGGCCUCCAAAUGCUCUCAGUGUACUGGCAGUAAUAAAAAAACAAUCAAGCCCCCAAAAAGGUGCCAUUCCUGGAAGCAUCAAACUCUGCAUAUGAAACAAGGUUGUGCCCAUAUGAAGAAAGGCAGGGUGCUUCCCGCCCUCCUCUUCUUCACUUUCACAUUGAAACUAGCCAGCAAACUUUCUCUGUUCUCCCCCUCAUCCGUCUCUCUCCUUCUCUUUCGCUCUUUGUGCUUUCCGUCUCCUACUGUAUACAUUAGUGAACCCACGCCUGUUUUCGCCUUCACUGCACCAAGCCUUCACUCAGUACUCUUCACUGUGCUUGUGUGCGUGUCUGUGUGCAUGUGUGUGCGGGGACACAGUGGGUGGUGCAAGCUGCUAGUGAAAUCUCUGUGAGCUCCCCGCCUGAUGUCCACUUUCAUGAGAUGAAAAAGCACUCAGGCAUGCUCACACACAUGCACACACUUUCCUGCACACACACUCACGGAAACACACAUCAACACACUCACACACGUACACUUACACACACACAUGCAGACAUCCAGCAGAUUGCAGAGCAGCAGUUGUCUUCUCUUCCCAGAGGGCUUCUCUCUGCUCUGGACUUCAUACAUUCAGAUUGCACUGCCUGUGUGUGUGUUAGAUGUAAAUAUGAUGAGUGGGCGUGCAACAGGAUAUGUGUCAAUCUCGUUUGCUAUAAUUGCAGUUUUGUGUCAAACUUGCUUUCUGCCACAUGUGACCACAUCACUGCUGUGUUGUAAAUGAUGGAUUAAGAUUUAGGCCAAACAGGAUGUUUCAAUCACACACUUUCCGACAAGUUGGCAGUCCGUUUGUGUGAGUAAUGAGUGAGUGAGUGAAAAGGAAAAGAAAAUUUAUUUCCAUUUAUCCCUUUCUCAUAAUGAUUUCACAAAAUCUAACUCCAGCCUCUACAAUAAUGUUCCAUGUACGUUCGCUGCUGUGUUUUUCAGUCUGAUUGUACAUAUCUUUGUCAAUUGCACAAUGGAUACUUAACCAGCUAUUGUACAACUCUUAAUACCUUUGGUUGCUGGUACCAACAGCACACUUGUUGAUAAGAGUUAUAUCAGUUAAAAUGAAAGGGUCUUUAGUUCACCCUGGCUUGUAGAUAUUUUAUGUUCUAGAUACAAACUCUGCAGGGACAUGUAUAAGCUUUCAUGGAGAGAGCAUCAAAGGAAACCCUUAUGGAGUAUUCAUCAUGAAUGAAUUACAGCCUGUUGUAUCAAAAGUUGUGACUCAGUUGCCUCAUUAAUCUACUCUACUCAAGGUAUCAUUCAUAAACAAACCUAUUGAUUUUCCCUUUGGGGAUCAAUAAAUUUCUUCUUAUCUUACUCCUAAAGUUUUGCAGCUCAGUGCAGUUUGUUCUUGUGUUGUACCGUAUGAUAGAGAUGAGCAGUCAGCAUCUCCUUUCUCUGAUACAUUGCGCUGUCAUCUUGACAUCUCCAGGUGAUGCCUCGUAAUGUGAGCCCACGCAUUAGUCGUGUUGCCGAACCGCUUGAUUCUAGUUUUACAAUGUCGGCACACUGCGUGCGUCAUGUCCAGCUCAGUGUGUCCGGGCAUUCAGUAAAAUCCGAAAUGACGCCAAACUUUAGGUUUUACUGAAGACGGGGCUAUAUGGAUCUACUUUUCCUCCAUCAUUGUAUUUCCCUCUCUGUUUUGGUGCCUUCUAUGCAUGCGUGCAUUCCAAAACCGGCUGCAUGAUGACGUCAGGACGUCCAGUGUAGUUCCAAAAUGGAGGUUGACAGGCAGCGGAUAUUUAAUCUUUUCAAAUCGAUUUUGGGACAUUUUAAAUAGAUUCUGAACCUUAGUAAAAUAGAAUCGUGAUUCUUGUGUGAAUUGAUUUUUGGCGCAUCCCUAGUAUGGGGAGGGGAUGCUUGUGUCUAUUGCACCAUGACUUUGUUGUGUUUUGAUUAAGAACGUGAUAUGAUAUUAUGGCGUAAAACAAAAUUACUUUCUUGGAGCAAUCCAGCAAGAGCAGCUAAUUUAAACCCAAAAAUACUCUCAUUGUAUAUGACUGUAUAUAAAAUAGAAAAUAUUACCUCAUUUUAUUAGUAAGACGUGAGGCUAAAAAUGGGCCUUCAUAGGUCUAACAUGUUGUGCUGGUGCAGCCAAGGCACCUACAGUAGCAACUUGGCUGGUUGUUUGCAGGACUAACAUCAAACAUCAACACUAUACCGAAACGCACAUUAGCUUAUUGGUAAAAAAUCAAAGAUCCCUAAUGUGGGUACAGUCCACAGAGGGGCAGAGUCUUGUACUGAUUUAAAAAGAAACUUAAAGCAAUAAAAAGUUCAAAAACUCUUGGUUGUUUUUUGCAUUUUCACUUGCCAGUCCCGCUCUCCUCUGCUAGCUUGUAUAGGACAGUGCAAGAGCCUGCAUUAGUCAACAGAAGAAGUAGAUUAAUCAGCUUUAUAAAAACAUAUAACCAUUUAAAAUUAAACUCAUGGAAAAUAAGCACCAGCAUACAAGAUGAUGGAAAAUAUGUUUAAAAAAAAAUAGAGUUCACAUGUAUUUUGAUUUUAUACUUUGAUCUGUUAACAGGACAGAGGAAGGGUUAAUGACCUAUAGCCUACUGCAGCCAGUCUGCAGAGGGAGCUGUACAUCUUUCGACCUUGUAGCCAGUAAAUAUUUUAGGAUUUAGGAUUUUUUAAUUGUUUUUAGAUGGGACAAUAUGCAUUAAUGAACAUUUACAUGUAAAUACAUGGGAUUACAGCCAAGCCGCUAUAAUCCCGGGGAUUUCUACUAUCCUUUCAAUAAAAUGUAUUGAAACGGCUCAGUCUCCGCAGAUAUAGAAGGAGUGUGCACAUGAUUAUAUACAAGGGCUGUGCUAUUUAUUUAUUUAUUUAUUUUUUUGAGGUAAUUUAUUUUUCGCCCAUCCAAGGGCAGAAUUAUUAUCAUAAUCACAAAGAAGUUUAAGCAUGACAUCCCUUAUAAGAGGAAGUUGCCACCAGCUUUCAGCAGGUGUUCAAUAUUUCACUCUGACUGUGCACGGCUGUCAGUGACAGUGUUUGAGAAUUAGGUACUUUUGCAAUGGAACUCAUUUGCAUAGAGAGAGGACAGUUUUACUUCACAUGAAAUGCAAUUUACUGCACAGUUAGGGGUGCAUUUAAAUCUGUGUGCAUUUUGUGAAUAACAUGAUGGUCAGCUGUCUUAUUUGCAGAGGUUUUGCACAUGCACAAGUUUUGUGAAUCAGCCCCUGUUUGUGUCAUAUUGCAUAAAAGCAAAAAUGCUGAUUCUGCCAAUUUAACAUGUAUUUUCUAUUUGUGCAAUAUUGCAUUUCUUGCAUGGUACAGCCAACAUACACACUGUCUGGUUACUUACAACAAAAUAACAUUAAGGGUUAAUUUUUUGCUCAAACUUGCAAUCUCAACUGUCUCCUUAUUCUGUAUCUCCUUUUUUUUUCUUUCUUCUUCCUUUUCUGCUUUUCCAACCCUCUCUUUCUCUCUUCCAUCACUUCUCUGUUCAUAGAUUGAUCUGGAGCCAGAGGGGAAGGUGUAUGUUGUUAUUGAUCUAUCAGGAUCUUCCAGUGAAGGUAAGAGCUGACUGAUUAUUGGACAGUGUAAAACAGAUGUUUGUCCCAGUACAGCUAACAUACAUGCAACACAGAAUAAUUGUGGUUGCCCUUUGUGCUUAUUUUUUGUCCUUUGACUUAAUAGGGGAAAAAGAUGUUGUGUAAUCAUCCCUAAGGCUAUAAAGUGAUAAUCUAGUGUUGUUAAUCCUACACUGAUUACUUGUCAUUUUGAUUUUCUGGAUGAAGUCAUGAUUUCUGUUGAGUAAUUACAGUGGAUGCUUCCUUGUGAGUUCCUCAUUUUUUACUCCAGAAAAGCAAUCCUGCAUAAAUAACUUCAGAUAAUGUCAGAUUAAAAUGGUGUUAUUAUAUCUGAUAUCUUUUUUUCUACUUUUAAAAACGUAUAAGUUUAAAUCACAGAUCUCAGACAGACAGUGUUUUUGCCGAUUUUGCCCAGUCAAAGAUGUUUCUGACAAGUCUUGGCAGUAAAUAUGCAACUUGACUCAAACGGGCAUGUUGACCCACUAUUAAAUGAAGAGCCUUGUCAUGUCUGUCUGAGUGUGCACUUAACCUGUUUGAACAUGCUGAAAGAGAGGCCUGAACAAUGGCAGUCCUCCUGGCUGCAGUCAGACACACUCUGUGACACACUCGCAUAAUUUUUUUACACCAUUUCUGCAUUUUAGUCCAAGGCCUUAGUUACAAAACGUCAGAUGGUUAUCAUAUUAGUCAGAAAAAUGGCUUAUUUCAUGUAUGUCUGAAAACAAAGGGGAAAAAGCAAAAUCAAGAAAAUAAUAGAGAAACUGCCAAACUUUGGAGGUUGCAGCAACUCCAGUAGCAAUACAACAGGAAAAUCCUCUCACUGUCUGGUUAAAAACCUGUUUUUAGAGUAAUGCUUUGGAAAUUCGUUUUUGGCGGCACUCGUGCGGAGUAUUUGCUUUGUCAUGCUAAUGAAAAACUCAAGGGUAGUUUAGCAUUAUGUGUUCCAGUUCCCUGUUUAAUGCUGCUUAAUAGAGCUGUUGUUGAGAAUCAAAUUCGUACUGAAGAUCAUGAAGAUUGACUGAAUAUCAGCACUCCUCUCAAUAACACAACAGCACUCCCUAUUGGAAAUUGUUGCAUAUUUGAAGAAUUGCAUCUUUUGUCAGUGAUGUUGUCAUCAAUUUUUACGAGGCCUCAAGUUUAGGCCUUACAUUUAUGUACAGAAGUUGAAUUUUGUAUCAAUUUACAUCAUUCAGUCAGUUUCUUUAGACAUAGAAUAUAAAUUAGGUAUGUUACUGUUAUCAUGUUGUGCUAAAAAUCAUGCCAGUAGUAUAUAAAUGACUUAUAUAAGUCAUUUUAACACUGUACUAGUGUUGUUAGUAUAACUGUAGUGCAAACUACAAAACUAACAAAGGGAACAUUACCUCUGCAACCACUAAUACUUUGGUUGCUCUAAAAGAUGCUUGCUUGGAAAUCAAUUUUCAUCCUUUUUCUGUGAUAUUAUUUGCCACUUUGACAUGACGUCUGCUGUGAGUUUGUGUGUGUGUGUGUGUGUGUUUGUGUUGUGUUCAGUGCUUGUGGUUGCUGCGUAAAAGCUUUGUAAGUCAAACCUCAUGUAUUUAGUAACACUUCCUUGCAGCUUCUUCCUCUUUGUUCGUCUUUUGAUCUACUUUGACUCAGAGAAAAUAAAAGAUUUUUUCCGUUGAUAACCUGCUUUACUUUUUGUUUUUUUUUCGCUACCCUCGGAUACACUAGAUGGAAAGUUGUGGCAAUGUUGCCAACUCCUCUGUAGGGAAAGUCGCUAGAUGACGCCAUUGCCAAGUUUGCAUGAUUUUUUAGUCAACCCCUUGGUGUGUGUGUGUGACUGUGUUUUUGAUGCACACUCGCCACCCAUUCAGAAGAGUAAUAUCUAUACUAGCGACUCAAAAAAGUCGCUAGAUUUGUCGCUAGGUGCUUUUUUCGAUAAUAAGUCACUUAGGGGUCUGAAAAGUCGCUAAAUCUAAGUCGCUAGGUUGGCAACACUGAGUUGUGGUGGCAUCUUGGCCUUUAAAGGUGGAUACAUCAUUUUAAAUAUAAUUACUUAAUUGAAGAAUUUUUGCUCAUACACGCUGAGAAAUAUAAAAGCAAUGAGCAAAGAGAUAUGUUCAUCAGCAUAUGACUGCUGUACAGACACAUUAUUGUUAUUCAUUUGGUCAUUUUGAUUGGAUGUUUAUGGAUAAUACAAUGGCAACAUGCUACAAUGGUAUUAUGCAACUAGGGCUUGGCGAUGUGGGAAAAGUUUAUUACGAAUUUUUUUUUUUAUAUCAGUCGAUAUCAAUAUCACGAUAUAAAAAAAUCACUUGUCAAUCUUAAAUGUUUCCUGUUACUCUUAAAUGAAAUUUAACAUGUACUCCAUAUAAUUUGCAGUGUGCAUUACUCUGCUUCAUGUCCGACCUAAAAAAAAACAAAAAAUAUCCACACCAGCACUCAUUUAAUUUUUUUCUCUUCAACAAUGCUGUCGGCUUCACGUGUUAAAGUGCUGUGGUUGUGUGUAGCUGCAGCCUGCUACUACACAAUUGUUUGCUACUUGGUUCUAAUUCAGCACAUGAUUGGUUCAGCAGGGCGUGACUCAGAGCAACUCCCCUUUUCAUUGGCUGUUGGUAAAGUCUACCAAAACACAGCAGAAUGCCGACUAUUGAAAAGCAUAUUGACCAUGUUUUAUAUUGAUAUAGUUAAUUUUUGAUAUAUUUCAUUAUCGUUGUAUUGCCCAGCCCUAUAUGCAACAAUACAAAUAUGGUGCAAUGGUGAUAUGCUACAACUUUAACUGUAAUAUGCUUUAAUAGUAAUAUGCUACAAAGGUAAAUAGGUUUACUGUUCAGUUUGUACCUUUGUCUGCAUGUUGAAAAGUCAGCUUAGUUCGAGCUGACCACACACAUAUCAGUAAUUCCAACUUUCAAGCUGAAAUAAGUCUUGUUGUACAGUUUUUAACUCUGUGUGAGAUAAGCUCUUGCCAAAUGGUGAAUAAGUGUUGCAACAUAGAUAUCACACAUAAUCUAGAUGAUUCAGGAAAGGAAGAAGUUUUCUUCCUCUGCAGAUGCAUGCCAACAUAGACUCUAGAUAUAACAGCACACCCUAAACAAGACAGAAUAAGUGCUUACCUGUGUCCUUGCAUGUGUUUGUAUGCAUGUAUGCAUUUGUGUGCACCGGAUUACAUGUCUGAGAGGAGGAGGAGGAAGACAGAGGAGUUAACUGGAGGUUGAAGUGGGGUGUGUGUGUGUGUGUGUGUGUGUGUGUGUGUGUGUGUGUGUGUGUGUGUGUGUGUGGGGGGGGGUGAUAAAUUGAUUAGUAAAGUGGAGUGCUCUGCUCUCUAAUGGAACAGUUACAUCAUCAGAAAAGAGGCAGAGAGCAAGAGAUGGAGAAAAAAUGACAAAGAUGUGUGAUCAGGAGAGGCACUUUUCUUUUUCUCACAAUUAUGAAUGCGUGUUUAUUUCUCUCCGUACAGACAUACAAUAUAUUUAUGUUUCUGUGUGUGAGAGGAAAUGGCUGAAACUGCUGUCAUUACUUAAAUGUGUUUACAUUGCAGAGAACACACGGGUGAACUUUCAUGCCUGAGAGCUGCAAUCAACCUAUUAGCCUCUACACACACAUACACACUCACACAAACACACACAAAGCCCUACUGUCAUAAGUGCAGGAUAAUAGUUGAUGAUGAAGAUAAAGUUUGAACACAAAGGUGUUUACGUCAUGGUCGUCAUGUUAAACUACAUGUUGUUUAUUUUUUACAAUUAAAUUAGCAGGAAAAAUGAAAUCACCUUCCUUUUAAUCUAUUUUGUACAUGCAGGUUAAAUUUAUUUCUUUGUUGUUAUCAGCAUCUGCCUGUGCCUCAGUGAGCUGCAUGGGAUAACAUGUAAAAGUUUAUAAAGUGCAAGCUUUACAUUUUUUGUAAAACAAAGACAGUUUUUAUUUAUAUACCAAAACUGUUUCUCAGGAGUAGGGGUUGACUAAUAUUGUUUUUUCCUGUCGCAGGUAUUGGGUGUUCAUGAGACUGAUUACUGAUAUUUGGAGCUGGUAUGUGUUCGCAGUAAACAUGAAAAACUUCCUGUCAAAAUUUAAAAUUUGGAAUUUUAGUAAACAGAGAUGAAAUGGCUUUAGCAAAACUGAAAUGUUCAACGUCAUGUACAGGAGCAAACAGUUAACCAGUUACACCUAGUGGUACAGUCAAGGCCCACAGUCUGUACAAUAUUUACCCGAUCAGAUAGGGGUGUGGGUAGUACAAGAGGUGAGUCAAAGUAGUGUAAGAAAACUGACAGUGGAGUCAAAAUAGGACACUUCUGAGUUCACUCAUUUUUUUCCCUUUUUUGUCUGACGGAAAAUAAAAUACUGAUUUAGAUACUCAUUCACACCCUAAAAUCAGCCCCAAUAAUCAGCCCAGACUGACAAUUGGUCCACUCGUAUUCAGGACACCACUAGCGUCCUCUGUGAUUGGUUGACCACAGUUAAAACAUCAAUAAGGGGUAAUGUUAAGUUAGCUGGUGGUUAAAGGGGAAAUCUUGGUGUAAGUUUAAGUUAGGGUCAAACACACAGUAACAUAGAGUUGAACAACCCCUGAAGAGAUGAAAGUUGCCCACUGCUUGCUUCUCUAAUACCAACUUUAGCAACGACUGCACGAUGGCAGUUCUCAGCGGUCUAUGUCUCCAUGUGCAAACCUCACUGAUCACUGAGUGAAGCGGAUCAUUUCCAUGAAGUAAUAACCAUCAUAAUAACCGUUUUGCACUGCAGACGGGGUAGUUCUUCUUCCUAAGCAUCUUGGUCUGAUUGCAUUUCCAUUAAGUUAUAAUCAUAAAUGUUCUUCCUUGAGCUGUGAAACUCCACUGUUCUCAGUGAUUGACUAGUCAGGGCUCCCCCACAAACAAGUGACUGCUGGAGGAGAGUGGGUGAGCUGUGUUUAGUCUCUUUGCUAAAGAAAUCAGGCAAAGUUUAAAAGAUGUUUCAUGGCUAGUGCUAUGGCUGGGACCCUCUAUGUACUGUUGAUGAAGUUAGGUGCUGUUCUGAGCAUUAUUUGUGGCUAUAGAGUGGCGUUUUGGUUGAGGUUUGCACAUGGAGACAUAGACCACUGUGUAUUGCUAUUGUGCGGUCGUUACUAAAGUUGGUUUAACAAGAGAAGCAAGCAAGCAAAGGUGUCUAACUCUGUGAUACCAUGUGUUUGACCAUAACUUAAUUUUACACCGGAAUAUCCCUUUAAAUGACAAAGAAACAUGUCAGGGUGAGACAAGACCCAAAUUUGAAAGGUUUUUGCCUCAGUGUCAGUGAGUAGGGGUGAAAUGUGGCAGAACUCUUUUCUGCAGAUAGAUUCAAUAUGAAGUGUGUAGUUAUCUCUGCUCAGAGUUAUAAUAACUGUCAUCGAGAUUAUUAAGGAGUUUUGACCAAUCAGACUCAAGUAUUUAACACAGCUGGAAGAUCAGAAGGAAAGCCAAGUAAUAGGAAACAAUCAGUGGCAAAUGACAUACUCAGCAGAUGGAGUACUCCUCACACUCUUAGUCUGAGUGAUGAUUAAGAAUGGUUGUUUUUCGAUGGCUGGAUAUGCUGUAUGUCUUUGCCCUUUGUUUGGGUGUUCACAUGCUGGUGAAGAUUCAGUCCAUUAAAAUGACAUUUAUGUUGGUGUGUUGCUUACUGCCUUACUGUAAGGGCAUCGGGUUGUUGAGGUCUUCACUUUAUAUUUAGGAGUUGAAGUAAGGACACAGCAGAGGAACAGCAUGUCCGUCAAACCCCCCACCCUCAUCCCUGAACCCUGUUUGAUGGAGAACGCCAGGACUAACACUGUUGCUUGGCAGCAGUCAUCAGUUGCUAGGUGAUGGUGAUGGCGUGUAGCAAAAGGGCUGGAGGAGUCAGAGUGGGGACAUGCAAGGGGCAGAGAGGAUGCACAAUAAGUCCUGACCUGGGGGUUUAAUGCAAAUGCUUAUAAAAGCCUGUGGGGGCACUAGAGGACAGAGGAGAGGAUGCAGUUCACUCUUAGGGGAGAAGGAAUAAGCUCAGGUGGCUAAUGAAAAAGUGUUUUUUAGACCUGACAGAAGGAGAUUCAGGCCUAAAGAAAUCUGAUAUCUGUGGCCAAUUUAAAAUAAAUCCAGCCUGUAGUUUUUGAAAGGCUUUGCUUUGGAUGAAUCAACAGAUGUAGUGCUAGAAAAUUGCCAAUUGUAUUAAGAUCAAAGCUAUAACUUCGAAUAUGUUGCUCAGGAUAUGAAACAAAAUGAGUUGUGUGCUUUCUAUCAUGAGCUAUGGCUGUAAAAGCUAGAUGAGACAGACAGAUUAUGUUUGACAGUACUUAUAACCUGGCUGCUCAGAGACAUCACUCUUUGAAGCUAAGUUGCUUAUUGAUGGCAGCAAACAUGUCAGCCUAACAGAAGGGAAAAAAAAGAAGAAACAGCCCGGUUUUUACAAUUUCCAACUCAGAUGCUCAUAAAAAAAUGAUAGAUUUGUCCUUUUGCAGCCAGGAGGAUUGGAUUUUUUUUGGUCAGAGGACACUAUUUUAGCAUGUCUAAGAUAAGAGUGCUUAAUCCACAGGGUCGACAAAACUGACACAAACCUGAUGAAGCCAACUUUUCAUGAAAGAGCUUAGCCUAGGACAGUGGUUCUCAAUCCAGUCCUCGACCCCCACCUGUCCUGCAUGUUUUGGAUGUUUCCCUGCUCCAACACACCUGAUCCAAAUAAUCAGCUCGUUAUUGAGCCAUUACAGAGCUUGAUAACGAGCUGAUCAUUUGAAUCAGGUGUGUUGGAGCAGGAAAACAUCCAAAACAUGCAGGACAGGGGGGGCUCGAGGACUGGAUUGAGAACCACUGGCUUAGGAUGCAGGUAUUCUGUAGGUAGGGCUGGGCGAUAAAGCAAUAAUGAUAUAUCAAAAAUUAAUUUCCCCUUGAUAUCGAUACGAAACAUGUUCAAUAUGCUUUUCGAUAGUCAGCAUUCUGCCAUGUUUUGGUAGACUAUACGAAUAGCCAAUGAAAAGGGGAGUUGCUCCAAGUCGCGCCGCGCUGAACCAAUCGUGCUGUAUUGGAACCAAGUAGCAAACACCUGCGUAGUAGCAGGCUGCAGCUACACGCCACUAUAGCACUUAAACACGUGAAGCCAACAGCACUGUUGGUGCAGAUAAAGGCUCAACAGAUUAUGAUAUCCUUGACAACAAUGGCAUGAAAAUGUCGGUGGUGGAGGGGUAAUUUUAUUUUUUUUUAGGUCUGACAUGAAGCAGAGUAAUGUGCACUGCAAAUUAUGUUGAGUACAUGUUGAAUUUCAUUUAACAGUAACAGGGAACAUUUAAGAUUGACAAUUGAUUUUUUUAUAUCGUGAUACAUAUCAUAUAUUAUAUCGUUAUCGACUGAUAUGAAAAAGAUACAUCAUGAUAAACUUUUUCCCAUGCCGCCCAGCCCCACUUGUAGGUCAUGCAUCUGUGCAGUUAAAUUCUUGUUUCUUUCUAGGCCAUUUCACAUAUGUACACCCCACAUGUUUUUUUUAUUAGAAAAUAUCUAUUUCUGGAACCCCUGAUGUGUUAUGCUGUUCAGUUGUGCUUCUUUAUUUCUACAUAAAUCUGUGUCCUGCUGUUGACAUGUCUCACAACAUUUUUAAUGUGUCUGUGUUGUUCCCUUAAGUUAGAUUACCUUGAGUCUGCAGACCUGUAGACGUAAACCACAAGUGUAGCUCUGGCCUACUUUUUGUAGUUACCAUAUAUUCUGAUCUGACUCCGAAAAACAAUGAUUUGGUGAAGACUCCAAAGUUUAAUAUCAUCAUUUUAACAUUUUAAUGUAAAAAAAAAUAUUUGCCUGACUUUGUCUUUGCCUGAAACUAUCGUAUCACAUACAUUACAUAUUGACUCCAGUCUCUUACUUUCCACAGCUUGUGUGUGUGUGUGUGUGUGUGUGUGUGUGUGUGUGUGUGUGUGUGUGUGUGUGUGUGUGUGUGUGUGUGAGAUAAUUAACGAGGUCGGGCAGUAAUUGAAUUCUCUGCUGUUCCACUGGGAAACCCUUUUUAAUAAGACAGAAAGAGAAGCAUGAAGACAGAUGCUGUGACUGUGAAGGAGAAAGAUGUGUGUUUAAUCAGAUCCUGAACUACCUUAGCCGCUUAGUCCUCAGAGUGACAUCGCCAUCUAGUGGCGCUGUGGUGUAAGUGCAGAUGUUGUGCUGGUUUACGGACCUGCCAAAACAAAAUUCUCCUUGUAUUGCUUAAUUAAGAACACUCUAAUUAUGAGAUAGAAAAUCAGAGUUUGCAUUGUCACCAUUGUGGUGUAUUUGUAUUUUUUUUUUUUAAUGGAUAUGUGCCUUUUAUUUUUUUUUAUGUCUGCAGCUGCUGCAGGUUCCACAGAGAAUGAGGAGCGAGUGUUUCGGCAGCGGAUGCGUCCCAGGAAGCGUCAGGGCGCUGUCCGCCGGAGAGUGCACCAGGUCAACGGACACAAGUUUAUGGCCACCUACCUGAGACAGCCCACUUACUGCUCCCACUGCAGGGACUUCAUCUGGUGAGAUAAUAAAUAUAUAUGUAAGACACAGAGAAUUUCACGCUUUUUAUUUGUGGAUUAAACACCAAACAAGCAGGAAAAUCAAAAAUAAAAAUGUACAGUCACCUUCCAGACUCAUAAAAUUUACAUACAUGGACGGAUUAUGACUGGAUUUACCUCUAUAAUACCCUUCAAACCCACUCGUUUGGGUUUAAAAUUAUUUUUUGAACAGAAAAUAUGUUCCCCACUGACCUGCUAGUCUUGUUUACAUGUAAACACCCAGUCAGUGCUGUGGAGUGUGGCCUAAUAAACAGAGCCAGCUGUGUUUGUUUCCAUCUCAGUACACCAAGUUGGUUUCACUCACAUGGAAACCAUGAGGCUGGUGCUCUGCUGCUCACUUUCAUCACCACUUUGGGGGGAAAAAAACAUCAACAUCUGAUGUGUAAUCAGAACAACAAGGACAUUGUGUCUGAUAGGAGCUGAGAGAGCUCAGGGUUUGUUGGGUGAAUUAGAAGAAAUAUAACACCAUACGGGGGAGCAGUGUGUUUUUUUUGUGUGCCAGACAGGAGGACUUGUUUUUCAUAUUCCACUAAAAUGUUUGUGUGUUUUGGGGAUAGGAUUAUUAAUGAGUCCUGCACCAAAUGUGAACAAAGAAGACCCAAAACCAUAGACUGUAAAUAGAAUGGAUGUCGUCUGCCUCCUCGCUGGGUAAAGCCACUGUGAGAACAGCACCCUCUGGUGACAGGCUGCAGUAUAGGUCAUAAAUCCCGCCUCCUCCAGUAAUCCUUAUGGAGUUGUGGACAAACUUUAGAAAUUAAUUACACAGAAUAUAAUUUUUUCUCCCUUCUUCUUGCAAUGUUGACAUGUAGUGACUGUAAGACUGGUUUAUUCUCACGUCCUCUUUUUUUCUCUACAGCUCCAUUUUUAAAAGUUAGUAGGGGGUUCAUGUUUUCUAUGAUUGACUCUUGAUACAGCCUAUGGGCGUACAAAGAUUGCUGAGCUCACCCGGGCGAUAUGCUGUUUGAGCCGAGCAUCAUCGCUGCGACUCUCGGCAACUCUCCUGCCGAAUGCAUACAAUGCUACUGCUCAAGUGGUGGUUCCAGGAAUUGGAGUAAUCCGGCUUCAAAUUUGUAUAAUGACAGUAGGCUGAACCAAGUUGUCCAUACUAUAUACAGUCUAUGCCUGAAACGUACCAAAUUGAUUCAUUGAUGCAUAUACAUUCGCUGUGUGUGUAACCUUAUCUUUCACAACUUCUCACCAGAAAAAGAGCUGUUCACUGCCCUUAAAACCCAAAAUAAAUCAUAAUUGUGGACAACUACUCAUUUAAGGCAACAGUCUUAUUUCAGUUUGUCUUGAAUCAAUAGUGUUGGCUCUCUAAUUUUCUAUCUCUCAAUGACCUGCAGGGGUGUCCUAGGAAAGCAGGGCUACCAGUGUCAAGGUAAGUUGACUCUAUGUUCCUUUAGUCCAAUGUGGCCUUAUCUUUAUAUGUAAAAUACAUUUUCAUGUGUAUGUGUGUCGGUGUUUCUGCAGUCUGCACCUGUGUGGUCCAUAAGCGCUGCCAUGAGCUGAUCAUUACAAAAUGUGCAGGCAUGAAGAAGCAGGAGGACACAAUCGGAGAGGUACUGAUCCACAAAGAGAAGCUGUUUUAAAGUUGCAUAAUGCUGUCGUCUAAGGUUCAAAAGUGGGUAGUGUAUGUAAAAGGAGAAAACUGAUUUGACUUAUUGCACAUGCUGAAGUGAUCUCCUGCAUAUUGAUACUGAAGGCUUGUGUUUAAAAAUGAAAUACCCCUAAUGUAUCACACUAUACAUAUAUCUAUCAAGCUGUGUAUUCGUGCAGUCCAAGUCAUGAGGGUUAGACCCAGUUGACUAGAUGAGGGGUGGUGGAGAUUUUUUUAAAGAGGCUCUAUAACCUCAAAACCCAGAGUCUUAUGCACAAGCAACUGUUUACAUGAACACAUUAAAGCAGUUAAAGGGAUAUUCUGGUGUAAAAUUAAGUUGGGGUCAAACACACCAUAACACCGAGUUGCUUCUUUAGUCAUACCAACUUAAGAAAUGACCGCACAACAGCAAUACACAGCAGUCUACGUUUCCACGCGCAAACCUCAACCAAAAAGUCACUCUAUAGCCACAAAUAAUGUUCAGAACAGCACCAAACUUCAUCAACAGUACAUAUAGGGUCCCAGCCAUAGUACUAGCCAUCAAACAUCUUUUUUAUCUUUGCCUGGUUUCUUUAGCAAAGAGACUUAACACAACUCACCCACUCUCCUCCAGCAGUCACUUGUUUGUGGGGGGAGCCCUGACGAGUUGAUCACAAAGUGCAGCGGAGGUUCGCAGCUCAAGGAAGAACAUUUAUGAUUAUUACUUCAUGGAAAUACAAUCAGACCGAGAGACUAAGGCAGAAGAACUACCACGUCUGUAGUACAAAAUCAUUGUUAUGAUGAUCAUUAUGAUUACUACUUCAAGGAAAUGAUCCACUGCACUCGGUGAUUGACUUAUCGGGGCUUACUUAUUUUUACGCUGGAAUACAUUAAGUGCACGCAAAAAUAUAUGUAUUUAAAUUUAUGGGUAAAAGUAAUGCAUAGACUCUUGCAGGUUUGUCUCAGUGCUCUCUUUUUCCCUCUUGCAGACUGUCGGCUCUCAGAGGUUCAGUGUCAACGUGCCGCACAAGUUCAGCAUCCAUAACUUUAAAGUUCUCACCUUCUGUGACCACUGUGGCUCUCUGCUGUGGGGUCUGCUGCGACAGGGACUUCAGUGUAAAGGUACAAACACACGCAGCGCCCGUCUCUAUGACGUUAUGGCUACAAGAAUGCAGAAAACAUCCUCAGCUCUUUAUCAUACCUAUCGAACAGGACAAAAAUUUAGCUCCUUCAAAUGUUUACUCUAAAUGAUAAAAUCAAAACUUCUCCUUUGUCUGUGUUUGUGUCUCAGUGUGUAAAGUGAAUGUACACAGACGCUGUGAGAGUAAUGUAGCCCCAAACUGUGGUGUGGAUGCCAGGGGGAUUGCUAAAGUCCUCUCUGACCUUGGUGUCACACCAGACAAAAUCUCCAACAGUGCGCAGAGACGGAAAAAGGUGAGUCAGACAAAAGUCUGCCGGCUCUAUUUGAGAUUAAUAGCCUGUGAAAGUAGUUCAAAAGGCUUUGUGAACUUCAUUUAUACUUUAUGAGCUCCAGAAAAGACUAUUUAAAACCAAAAUAAGAUGAAGAGAAAAAAGGAGGUUUCAAAUUUAGGUUUGUUCAAGUUGUGAUGAUGACUGUUAGAUUCCUAAUAACUUGUUUUUGUCUCUUUCAAACAGCUUCCUCAGGGUCAGGACCCUCAGCAGCCGUUGUCAGGGACGCCUAAGUCUGAGGACGAUCGCUCAAGAUCAGCCCCCACCUCCCCGUGUGACCAAGGUGGCAAAAGUUCUGCUUGUCACAUAUAAAUUCAGAACAGAUCACCUCCACAACUUGCCUGACUUUUAUUUUUCUGUUCAGAUGCCAAAGAGUUGGAGAACAUCCGCAAAGCUCUGUCGUUUGACCACCGCGGGGAGGAGAACAAAACACAUCCCCUCUCCUCUGCCUCAUCUGUUGCUACGGUAACGGGCAACAGCCAGGGAGCUGGGAAUGGAGGAUGUGUGAAAGCUGAGGGUGAGGGAAGACGGGAGAAUGGAGAGGUCAAAGGUCACAGCACUGCAGAGAUCAAGCGGAUGAAGCUGCAUGACUUUGUGUUCAUCAAAGUUCUUGGAAAAGGAAGCUUCGGAAAGGUGAGCGUUCAAACUUUUGUCCACAAAUUCUUAAUCAGCUCAGGUUUGUGCUUCAAUUUUUUGGCUGUUAUCCCAAAAUAUGUUGCGAAUGGUAAAUAAUAAGUAUGCCUUGAGGUGAAGUGAGGAAAAAAAGAUGAAAAUCAAUCGAACUAAAUGCCUCCUCUGUUUCAUGUGAGCAGGUGAUGCUGGCGGAGCUAAAAGGCAGUGACGAGGUUUACGCCGUCAAAGUGUUGAAGAAAGACGUGAUCCUGCAGGACGAUGAUGUGGACUGCACCCUGACGGAGAAACGGAUCCUUGCCCUGGCUAGAAAACACCCGUACUUGACACAACUCUUCUGCUGCUUCCAGACUAAAGUAAGAGCCCCCUCUCAUACGCACACACUCACACUCACACACACACACACACAGUAACAUUGGCCUGCAGACAUACUAUGUACCUCCAGGGAGCAGCAGUGGACCAAAUUUCAAUCUGUGGUCUGACGUUGUUUUUCAUCAAACUGGUUUCAAAUGAAAAGUCCAGGGUGUAGAAAGGGUUGGAGAAAUAUCUUAAUUAACUUAGUGAUAAGUGAAUAUGUUAUUUUAAUUAUUUCUAGCGAGAAUUCAGGUGUUUAAUACUGUGUGUUUAAUCUCCACUUGUGUUUUAUGUUAAAGGCUCAUUUAUGCUCGCCAUACGUAUGAAAAUGUAUGCAUCCGUUUCAAACGAUGGUUCCGUCACUGCCCACAUACUUCCAUGCGUCCUUUACGUUGGCAUUGAUGUAAACCCUUACAUCCACCAAGUGGCAGACCGUAGUCAAAAGUUUCUGACAACAACAAACAAAAAGAAACAUGGCGACUGUGGAGAAGCUAGUGACCAUGUAAAUUUUGCAUAGGAAACUGAAACAGAGGCAGCGUUGGAGGAGGCGGUGGUCAGUCAGGCAACUAAAUGCCUCCCAGUUGAAGGAUGGAGAAUUAUUUUCUCUAGUGGUACCAAUGAGAGGAAUUGACAACAAUCUUCAAAAAGCCCCGCUAUUGCCUUCUUUAUUUCUCUGCAGAGAUGCGUAUAGGUUAAUGACAGCAGCAACACUGCCCCCAUGGUUUCCGGUCGUACCGCUCCAUCUGGCCCGUAUCUGUAAACUUAAAGGAUACGUGCAGAAAUACGGACAAAAAGAAUGUGAAGCACGGACGUAGAGCCCCGUCCGUAUCCGGAUCUGUAUGUACAGUGAGCAAAUGAGCCUUAAAAGUGAUUUCAAACCUGGCGGAUGAGUCCUGUUAAAGAAAGGAGGAGAGAGAUGAUUGAUGUGGAACAGAAAAGAAAAAUGUCUCAAGUUCUCAUAUUUUUUUUGUUUUUUGGUAGAAGUGCUGGACACUGAAUGCUUGCCAGGACACUAAAUUGGUCGGAUGAAACAAUAUGAGAGACACGACAUGUAUUGAGUUUCAGCUGUUCGUGCCUCAUGUUUCUAUGAAGAGUUGGUAGGCCAAGGCUAGAACAACUCUAAACUUUUAAAGCUGUAAAUGAAAUAAACAAGGUGAGAGCAGAUAGAAAGUCCAGAAAAUCUAAAAAUGUGAGGGAAAAUACUGCUCAGUUUUAUAAGUACUGCCUUGUAUGUUCAGUGAUUAUCGACCGCUGGGGUUAGCAUGUUGGUUUCAUACCAGCGUGCGAUACACAACACUGCACUGCUGAUUGAAAGUCACACUGUGCUUGUUUGUCAGUAACACUGGAGUCAUUAAUGCAGCAUUUACAAUCAGUUUAGUGGAAAACAAGCUUUAGUCCCUGUGCUCUCUUUAACACACUCUCCACUCUCCUCUCAUCAUCUCACUUAGUGGAUAAUUUCCCCAUCCAUACAGUAAGUGGAUAUUAACAGACGGCCACACAAAGGGCACCUGUGGAUGGGUUGCAGUAAACACUACAGCCCUCUUCAGAGCCGCUGUAUGUUUUGUCUACCAUAUGUUGCAUAAGUGUUCCUGUCAGGAAGUAUAUAGAGACUCUAUACAUUCGCUGCUGGUGCACAUGUGUGUGUGUGUGAAACAGCCAGGUGUGUAUUUUUCCAGUUUGACGACCUGCCGAAGGAACAAGUCACAUGUUGUGUCGCAGUGACGAGUUCUUUGACUGCAGGUCAAGCCUAACGGCGCAGAGAAAACUGCACAGGUGUUCACUUUUAUGAACAAAACAGGAGCUGCAUGAAUGGGAACGCAAAGAAACCUUAUGGAGAUGGGUUCAGGGGUACUAAUAAUGGAAACAGAUCAUUUCAGUCUACUGUACCUUGACCAAAAUUAAAAGAUGAAUCUGCCAAUCGUUUUAUGUAAGUUUGAAAUAGAAUCAAUUCAUAGACUCGAUCCAACAAUAUUGAAACGAUAAGUUGUAAUAGUAUUAGUAAGAAUAACUUAAUUUAUAUUGCAAAGUGCUUUAACAGAAGUAACAAACAAAGGCAGAAACAGACAAAGGAAAAUCGACAGUCAAAAAAAUGGACAGUUAAAGAUUGGCAGUCGGUGGUUGACUGCAUCACAUCAGGAAGGUGAAAAAGAAGAAGGUGGAUAGACGACAGAUAAAAGAUAGAGAAAUAAAUACAUAGAUAAUAAAAUAAGAUAAGAUAAAAUAAGAGUAGUAAUGAAUAGAGAGGUAGUAUAUUAAAACAUGAGAAAAAGUUAAAACUGGACUAAAAAUAAAAUAAUGAUAAUAAUAAUAUAAAUAGAGACUGUAGACAUAUACCAUGAAACAAGUAAAUGAAAAACAAGGACGAAUAAGGGGAAGGGAGUAUAUCAAGCUGCAAAAGGCUUUGGGAACUGGUGUUUUUUGUAUCUGAUUUAUUACCUCCGCCAAGGAGGUUAUGUUUUCGGUAGCGUUGGUUUGGUGUUGGUUUGUUUGUUUGUUUGUUGGUUGGUUUGUUUGUCUGUUAGCAACUUUACGGAGAAAGUUACUGACAGAUUGACCUGAAAUUUUCACCAGAGGUGCAUCUCAGCCCCAGGAGGAUCCCAUUACUUUUUGGUGGUGAUCCGGAUCGCCUUCUGGAUCCAGGAAUUUUUUGAAGGAUUAGUUUUCAUUGUGAGAUAGGGCAAAUUUUGGAAUUUUUGCAUUUAACUCUAUAAAAAUGGCCAGAGUCUUUAGUAAAAAAUUACACAAAAGGAUCUCAAUGAGUUUUAUGAGGUCUCAUAGGUUGAUCCUGAUCCAGACAAAAUUCUGGAUACUGUGAUCCAGAACAUACAAAAAUAAGGGUGUCGUUGGAAUUUUCAAUGCUGAAAGAUAACCAAUGGGCAGCACAGUGGUGUAGUGGUUAGCACUGUCGCCUCACAGCAAGAAGGUCCUGGGUUUCGAAUCGGGGUCAGGGCAUUUCUUGUUUUAGGAAUAUUAUGAACAGUGAACAUACCAGUUUAAACACAAAUAAAAGUUAAUAAGAGACACGUAACAGUUAAAAUUUUGGUGUGAAUCACAAUGUAAGGGAGGACAUGAGCUGCUUGGCAGAGGUCUGCGCUCUCCGAGUGCUUUUCUAGUACUUCAGACUGCCAUCAUCCACCACAGUAAAAGACAGUGAGACCUUUCGUAAAGACUUGAGAGAUCCUUUUCAAGAGACCAAAACAAAUCUGUGUCACCACUAAGAAAUUUUUGUCAGGAAAGUCUGCCAGUUCAGAAGGAGCAAAAGUGGAGUGCGUGACAUUUUUAUAUUGCUUGAACUGUUGUUUAUUUUCUCUGAAUGUUUUGGAAACCUAGCGUCUAAUGAUGGCGUCUCCUGUUCCUCUUAUUUAUUUAUUCCUGUUGUUUUCCUCCGAAGCAAACACAAACAUCUGAGAAUAACAGACAGUGAGACUGGGAUGUCACAUAACAUCUUUCCUUUCUUACUUUCCUUUCUUUCUUUUGCCCUUCCCCCUCCCCCUUUUUUUUUUCUCUGAAUGUCUGGUACAUAAAUGGAAACACACAUAACCGUGCACACACACACACACACACACACCUGCUAGCAGACAGGGGCGAUUGCAAGUGUUUUCUUGAGCAAAACAAAGGGAUUGUGGCUCUUAUAUAACGGCUUUGAUCCUUAUCAGGGACGUGAUGUGUAUUUCAUAUGCUUGGUGACCCCGCCCUCAUCACCCACCCACUCACCCCUACCCCUCCCCUCCCAUCCAACUCCCUUCAGAACACACUUAUGUCUCUGGACUCAUUGUGAUAACAUUAAACAAACCUACAAACACAGACACACACACACAGACAGUCUGAGCUUGACUGUGGGCUUGCUCUUUGCCUCUUACAUAACUUCGGUUCCACUCGGCCUGUUGCCAGUCUGAUCUACAUCCACUUAUGAACUGGCGAAUCAACUCAUUUGGCCAUGACGAUACAGGGUGAGACUGCAGUCAACUGUGGUAGGUGGACUAGGAGGUCAUCUAUGUGUCAUUUUGAAGUUUUUGUCUGUUUGUAAGCAGUUAAAUAAAGUAUCUGAUAAAGCAUGAACAUCUUUCAUGUAAAUACACUAAUCCUUAAACUUGGUGUUGGUGCAAGUUGUUAGCACAGCCGAAUUUCAAAGAGUCUCAGUCUGGCAGUUCUUUCUUUGUGAGUAAUGAGGAAAAAUUUUAUAUUGAUAAUUGUUAUUAAUGUUGCACAAAACUGCUGCUCAAUUAGUCCACAGCAACUUUAGCUGUUCAGGAAAUUAAGUAGUGGUUGUACAUGAAAAGGCAUGCACUCACAAAGCAACAAGCUUAAAGAGGGAAUAUUGCCACCUACUGUAGUAGAGGCCGACAUGAUUCUUGCCCUAUGCUUGUAAAAUGGGACAAGGACAGUAGUCCGGUUAAAUAGCCUUGUUGAACUAUGACUGUAACUCAACUUAACCUUGUGUGUGUGAAAAUGUUCUGACUGUAGAACUCACUGGGGGACCCUAUUUGGUUUAACCCCUUGCUUCAUUUCUAUCACCUGCUGCAGAAAAGGUUAAGGCUAACAUUUAGCUUAGCUCAGCUUUAGUCUAACUUUGCUGUUUUGUGCAUAUGCAGCACUUCCGUGUCCCUCCACCUGCUGCACAUAGAUCAACUGUUUAGGUCUAGGAUGCUUGGGUGACCUUGACUUUUGCCCACUACACUGAAAUGUUGUGAAUUUGAAUUUGGGUGAAUUUCAGUUUGACACAAAAAAGGAUGUUCUGAUGUUGCAUUGUUUCAGCUUUUCAAUUUAUCCUUAUAUAGUAGAUCAAAAGACAAGCCGUGCCAUGCUACAAAGGGCCAACUGUCAGCUGUGUUUAUUUACAUCCAGAUAGGAGAGCAUCUUAGCAAAGAUGUUUUUUAGCUAAUGGCAAGUGGUAUUGGUACAGCCUAUGAAUAUGUGAACAGACUGGUAAAUCUGGUGCUGAUUUGUGAGGGGGAUGACCUUAAAUCAUUUUGUUGACUAAACACUCACACCUGAAGUUGAUUAGUUAGAAUUCCAAAUUGCUCGUCUCUUUCCUCACUCUUACUUGAGUCACUUUUUAAGGGUCAAGUCUCUUUAAAAUAGAAUUUAUAAAAUGUGUUUGCUUCCCUGUAUGUUUUAAGCCAUUCAAUGAUUUCUUAGAUUCUGUUUUGUAGUUUCUUGAAGAAAAAGCUAUUUGCAGCUCUGAAAGUCACCAAAGUUAAAUAAAGUUUUCUGUUUUUGUAACCCGUGUCCUACCUAUACCCUCCCUCGUUCUUCCCUCUCCUCCCUCCCUCUUUGCUUUUUAAUCGACUGUGGGAUCGCAGCCGUUCCCUUAUCAGCCUAAUUACAGUUCAGAAAUGUAAAUAACAUUAUACAACAGUAGUGCUGGGCCUCGCUCUGCGCCGCACACAGAGAAGGAGUCAGGGAGUGAAGAAAUGAAUGAGGCAGUCUAAGGAGAUAUAGGGGAUAUAGUAGGAUUAAGAAAAAACAGCGAAAGCUGGUUUUAGACAGCAUUAAAGAAGGGAAGAGACAGAUUACAGUGUAAGUGUUUUUUAAUGAACAGUAAUUUGUGAAGAUCAGAGGAGGUAGAGCCCAACAGAAACAGACCAGGUACAUUAAUGAACCUUUGUUCUGUUCUGUUUUGGACAGAGACUGAUGGACAGACAAGGGGAGAUAAAUACACAGAUAGAGAGACAGGCAGACACACAGUGAUGCGCACAGUUAGGCAGACAUGGCGCAUGACUGCAAGCAAAGAUGGAGGGCAAAGUUUACCACGUAGCACCUGGGCAUGAGUUCAUUUAGACCACCACAACAUACAAAUUAAUGAUUUCUAAAUGCUUAACUCAUACUGUAACAAAAGCAUGACAUCUUUAUUAAACAGACUUAAAAAGUAUGUAUCAUAGGAAAAACAAGGACCAGCUUUUGUGCAAAGCAUGGUAAGCAGACUAAUAGAAAUUUGGCAAAUGCUUCAUCAAAGUUAAAGCUUAAUCAAGUUGUGAAACAGUCUUAAAAUAAUAAUUCAAUAGGAGAGAUUUGUUUGUCAGAGUCAAAAUCUUGACCCCUGAUCUUGAAUGGUACAGAUCCUUUAAUUCUGUUUAAUCUGCUCAUGUUUAGGAAGCACCUUUAUCAGCUCGGGCUGUUUUAAAUGUCCUAUAGACACAUAUUUGACUUAACUACAGUUCUGAUACAGGGACAGAGAAAAGACAAAAAAUAAAAUAACAAUAAGACUGAAAUUGACUGUCAGUGAGCAGCUGAUAUAAGACUCAACCCCUUCUGGUUGUGGCUGAGAGUUGGACCAGCAACUGCUGUGUCAAAGAUGAUAGCCUAAGUAUUUGGAGUUUUAGCAUAAACACAGAAGCACAUAGGAAUGUGUUUCCCUUUUAAUAAUGUAGGACAUUUUUGGCACAUGAAGUCCAUCUAUGAUUGACCUUUUCCUGUCAUCUCAAUGUAAAAUGUAGUGACAUCCUCCUUUUGGGUUUGAAAGUGACAUCCCACUGGCUUUUUCUCACUCUGUCUUUGUUGCUCUUAUUCAUGUCUGAACACUGCCAGGAAUCUUACCUAGUAAAUCUGAGUCUGAUGUGUGAUCUGAUCUUUUCCCCUAAACAUAAAGAUCUAUGUUAGGUGCCCCAGUGCAUUAAUAAUGCAUUACAUGAGUAAAGGCAAUGCUAUAUAAUAUCAUGUGUUUUCCCACACCACAUGCAUUGUCUGUAUGACCAUUGUCAGGAAAGCAUUUUUUCUCUUGAUAACAAACCUAAAAACAGCCCCUCAUCAAACAAAGGUAGCAUGCUGAGAAUAAAAAUAUUCAGAAAACAAUGAUCACCUCUUUUCUGUUAUCUUAAAUUACACAAUCUGCACACUGCACUUGAUCAGGGCUUUAUAAGGUCCUGAUUUUCCACCAAGGCUUUUUCUCAUGAAACUAAUAAAGACAAACUGCUCACACAAGUUUCCUUUUAAUCCAAAGAAACGAAAGUGAGAAAACCCUCUGUGGGAGAAGCAGCAACCCUGAUGAACAUUUAACUCCUGUCAGCCAUCAUGAAGAAUGACAGUGGGAGCAAAUUCAGCAUGCAAAAACAGUGAACUCACACACACACAUGCACACACACACACACACACACACACGUUUCAUAAGGUGUAGGUCAGCACAGGUUGUGCGGCCAAAUAUGUGUCAGUGUUGAGAAAGUGGAGCGUUGUUCCUUUCAGGACGACAGCCACAAGUAGAUUUUCUGUAUGUUGGCUGUGCUGACGAUCAAGUUCAGGCAAUCACACAGACUUGAGGAAUUUUAUACUCUUAAGGGCCCUUAUUGACUCUAUGCAUUCCUUCGCGACAAACCGUGGCAGACAAAGGCUUUACCUCAACCGAACCUGCAAAAAGGUGGCAGAUAAGAGCAAACCUUUUAGGUUAUACAUGCACCAUGUAUACAUGUCCUUCAGGAGAAAACAUCAACCUGUUGUUGACAAUUAGUCCAGACAACACAGUGGACACUUCUGUAUAUCCUGCAUAGACAAUGGACAGCUUCCACUACCCCAUAUGUAAAUCAUGAUAGAGGACAUACUGCAUCUAAUAUAAUAGUGCUGUUCUACACCUAGAAAAUAGGGCUGACUUGUGUCAGCGUUGCAUGUCACGCAGAAAACAGGUUGCCGUUCUAAUCAAGGACACGUCUCAGAAGCAUGUCUUGUGCUGCUCUGCAAAAGAUAUGCGUCAAGUCUAUUUUCACUGCUCUACGCUUUCAACAUGCGUCAAUCUACACGGAGAAGAUCGUUUUAGACAGGAUGUCAAGCACGGAAACUGCGCAUGCCAUCUGGUACAUUUCAAAAUAAAACACCAUUUGUGGACUCCUGACUGUGUAUCAGUUCUGGAUCAAGCACACACGUGAUUUAAAAUACUGGCUGAUUGGUUUAAUUCACGUUUCCUUAUGACUUUUCUGGAAUGGUCAUUAGAGUACUUGCUGUGUAUUGAUGCCCCACAUGUCUCUCAGAGUGUUUGGCUUCUUUCAGCCCCACACUGGAUGGUUGCUCCAUACUUGGACACCAGCAAGAGGUUUUUAGGGACAGACAUUCUUGAUCUGGUUCCAGGGCUGUGCACACACAAUACACUCUGUCCCCCAAUUACAGUCAUUUCCUGCUGCCAUCAUCAGUGCAAAAAAAAAAAAAAAAAAGAAAACACUCCUUAAAGAGAAAGUUCACGUCCUUCAGGAUCAUUAACAUAUAAGGACAAUUAAGAUGUAGGGGAAUUGAUGAGGAAAUUACAGUGUGAUCUUACAUUACUUUUGAAAACCCUGGUGAAAAAGUGUGUUCAUCUGGACACACACACACACACACACACCACUUGUGUGUUCCAAGAAAAAAUAGAGCACUUCCAGAAAUAGAGCAAUCCAGGUUAUGUUUAUGUACAUAGACAACAUUUCAAGUCCCUCCUGUUGUUCUUGUUCCUCAUGUUUACUGAUUCAGAUAAGUGUGUUUACUGCAACCGUAUUAAAGAGGCUCAUAUUGUCAUGAAGAAGCACACAUAGAUACCCUACUUUGGCAGGUUUAAGUUUGUAUUGGUACAUGAAGAAGAGGUAAUGAGAUAGGGUUGGGCUGUAUGAACAAAAUCACAGUAUGAGUAAUUUCAUAUGGUAGCAGUAUAUAUCAAAGUAUGUUUUUUCACAGUGAAAAUUCAAUCAAUAGCUUAAAAAUAACCAUACUGUCACAUUUGUUCAUUUUGUAUAUAUUUGUAUACAAAUGAAUUUGUAUACAAAUGCAAACAAAAUGCAGUAUGCCAUGCAGUCUGCUGGACACACUGGUGAUUAUAGGGAGCGUACCCAAACCUGACCAAUCAAACAGAGUGAACAAACUCCGCAUGACACGUUUGGAAAUAUAUGGAAACACAGCCAAACCAACGCGCUUCGGCUUUCCUGUUAGCAAGCGCAGACAACUACACACAGAUUCAGAGAGAUGCAGCAGACAUCUGCUCCCUCUCUCCGGUAUAAAUGGUAUAGCAAGAUUUCUACCGGUAGACACAUUAAUACCGCCACACAAUAUAAACCGUUAUACCGCCAAUCCUAUAAUGAAGCUUACUUGAGUAUUCAAUGUUUUUCACCAGGUCCACAGAAGGAUUUGUCAUUAUUGACGACUUCAGUGUUCUGUGAACUUCAAACCUUUCUGCUUUUUUGGUGUAGCUGUUGGGACUUACUUGAGUGUUGAACAGAAUGAGUUAAGCUUAUUGUAAAUCAUGAGACUAUGGUGACAUGUUUAUGCUGCAGACCUACUUGAUUAUUUUUAAUUACUUGCUUACAUGAUUUUAGUAAUCAGAUCUGAGUUUUGUAAGCUUUUGACCUCUUUUGAAAUUUCCAGACAAACUACCUUGUCAACAGAUAAAGGUCAACUGAUUUGCAUGUGCAAAAGAGCAACAUAAUUUUCAUGCGUAUCACAGUGUUUUCAGAAGUGAACAUGGCGUGCUGCCACUAAGUUUAGUCUAAUUCAAGUUUUUAUGCAGAAAUCCAUGAAUGACUAUCUGGCUGACAUUUGAGAGAGGUGAAUAUCUCAUCAGCUGAGGUAAAACUUGCUAAUCGACCUGUUUGUAAGUCAAUAUGGUCAGGCUCAUUCAAAUAAACGCAAGUGAUCCAACCACCAUGUUGGUUAGAGAGCGUCUUUAAAUCUGGCUUUGAGGUUUUCCACUUUCUGUUGACACUGCAGGGAUAUGGGUCACUUUGGGCUGCUCUGUGAAUGAAGUCUUUGUUUUGAAUGUUACUGCAAACACUAACCAAAGAUUUAGCUCUUCUUUAAAAAUGUUUGCAUACUGAAGCAGCACCGUUGAAAUUAAUGCCUAAAGACACUGCAAGAGGCAUCAUAAUUUUUACAAAUAUGUUGCACUGUCACGUUGCAAAAAUCCCUGGCAGGCUGUCAACACUUUGAAUACUGCUGCCUUUAUCGUUUUUUACAACUUUGCUCAGGCUAAAAAAUGUACUUGCUAUGUCUGAUGUUUGAUAAUGUACAACAUCCCUGUGUGUUUAUUAUUUUAAUCUGUGUGGGUGGGUGUGUGUGUGUGCGUCCGUGUAAGUCCAAAGAAAAAUAAAGUGUGAGUGAAUGGUUUCACGGGAUACAGGCUUCGACUUGUCUCACAUACAUUACAUCUGGGUGGCAUGAAGAGGGCACAUGUUUAAUCACACAGCAUGCAUGAGUGGACGAUAACCAUCAAGACCUGGAUCAGGGAUCAUCUGGGUGGUACCUAUAGAACGCUGAAUGUAUACAUAUAUGUGUGUAUUCGAACGUGUGUGUAUGUGUGUGUUAUUGUGCGUUUGUAUGUGCGCACAGCGGGAAACCAGUAUCUGUACAUUUGUAAUUACACUCAGGAAAUGUUUAUUCAUGUUUGAUUGGGUGGGACCAGCCGGUACUCUGGGUACAUUUAAACAAACUAUUUCAACAUCCUGUUUAAAGUCGCUUUCAGAGGGAGCGAAGGGAGAGAGCGAAUACUGACCGAGGUUGACCACGGGCCACUUAUGUAAGACCCAGUCCAGAUCCUGAGGCCCCUUUAAAUUGACACUGGUGGAGGAAAAGGAAAAAGAAAAAAGAGGCCUUGGGUCAGCUUAAAAACUUAAAUGAGAUGUAGUGAACCUCGACAGUCUGCAUCAGCUGAGGUGAGCAGCUGAACUCUUCUGAAUUUCCAUCAGUCUUCUCAGCAGAGGGACACCACAAGUUUAUAUGAUAUCAAUAAAAAUCACAAUAUGACUAAAGGGCAAGUCUGGAGUUAAUAAAAAUGGAACCAAUACAGAAUUGCAAAAAACUGCAGUUCCUCUCAAGUCCACUUGAGGCUAGCCUCAAAAGCCAUAGAAUCUCCGUUAGUUCCCAUGUUACAAUUAUUAUCACACUUAUUUUUGCCCAUGAUCUGUUUUUGAAACUUUUCAUAAUGGUAUUGCUGUCCAAAGUUUACCAAAAAUGUACACUCUUUUACAAAGGAUUUAGACACUAAUAUGUUGGUUUAGCCUCUUUUGUGGUGGAAUUUAUUGGGCGAGGUAUUUAGGUUAGAGGCCUCGCUGGAUCAUAAGAAAUCAAAUACAGCUCCUUUAAGAGCAACUCCACAUGAUCUUUGAGUAUCAAACAAUGCUUGGGAAUGCACAGAUGUGAUUUGGACUGUCUUUGUCCCGAUGGAUUGGUUAUAGCUAGUCUACAUUAAAGGAAUGGUUGACGAUCUGAGAAGCGGGGGUGUCGAAUACAGCGAGGUGAUUGGAUGGAGAGGUGGAGCAGGAGAUUGACCAAUAGGAGCUGUCCGGGACAGAUGGCUCCCAUUGGUCAAUGUUUUUGCAGCCCUGCACCUGCUAAGGUGAACAGAUUUUUUCCAUUAGUUUUUCUCUUUACUAUGCAGAGAUCGCACUAGAGGACCAUGAUCGCCCUGUAAAUGAGGUUCAUAAUAAUUACCAAUCUCUCCAAUCCUCAACCAUGCCUUUAGUCACAGAUUCUUUAUCACUGGUACAACACUUUCACUUCUCACUUGCAGCUCUCACAUUACCCGAUUGCUUUACUAUGUUUACUUGUUAAAGUAUUUCCAAAACAAGCAACAAUCCAUAAAAAGUAACACUUGCUAGUCUUGUCCACACAUGUGCUUUUGAAGAGGGUCAUUAAAUAGGUAAAAUCCACAAGCUAGCUCAUUGCUUUUACAGUUUGAUAGGCACCCUGCGUUACUGCAUAGAUUCUAUAUUAAGAUUUGCAAAAAUGCCUUUUUGCUUACAAGAAAGCCACAGUUUUCUCAGUAUAGAUGUGUUAUACUUAAGACUAUAUUAAAACUGCAUAUAUUUGUUUGUUCUGCUGUUUUGUUUUUUAUUUUUCAUAUUUUUGAAUGCUGAAUAGAGAUGUACUUUUAAAAUCAAUUUCUUUUGCAGCUUUGAUGGUGCAGAAAUGAUGCAGUUAAACUUAGCAGAGGAAAUGAGGGUUAUGAUUAAGUCGACCUGUUGGUUACUGCUCACUGUUAGUCAUCCCAGUUGUAAUUGUUUUCAUCGUAGGAGAAGCAGGAAGCAAGUGCACAGUUACAGGAAUAAUCCCCCCAUACAAUCAGCAAUACAAAGACAAAAGCUUGUCAUAACCACUCCCAAACCUGGUUGUUUAUUUCCUAAUUCAUGUUUGUUGAACUUUUAUUGUGGUUUUCAGGAAAUUACCCUAAUCCCUACAGGUCUUUGUCACUCAUGAUGAAGACAGUUUUAGGAUACCAGCUUAUCUCAGUGUUUGAAUCAUGCAUACCAUGUACAGAAACUACAGUCCUGAAAUGACAUCCCUAAAUGGAUUUCCAACAUCAGCUCUCAGUUGCAUGUCUUACCUCACUUUUUCUUACGUUUUGUUUUAUCCACUGUAGUUUCUCUCAAAACAAACAUGAAAGUCCAAAGUACAAAAAACUGCUGCUAUGACUAAGCAGUUGAUGUGCAUAUGUCAUAUACAGAGGCUAUUGUCCUUGUUGCUACAGUUGCUGGUUCUGAAUCCUGUUUCUAAGCCAAAAAUAAUAUGGAUGUCCUGAUACGUUAUUGAUAUUGGACAUCAGUCCAAUAUAAGCAAAAAUACAAAUAUCAGAUUAUGUCGGCCUGCGUCCUAAAGCUCCAAUAUCAGCACUCCAAUACAAGCAAUCCAUUCCAGACUCCACUCCAGCACCUUUAUCUAGCAGCGCCCGGAUCUAGCAUGCAGAGCCAUGUAAUCACAAUAACAGUGUGUACUAAGGUACCAAAAUAAGUAGCAAGUAGUAGGACUGAUGAUGGAGUGAGGCAGUAUUUUUCGUUGAAGUCUGAAAAAGACAUAAUUUUGUGCCAAUGUCGGUAUCAGCCAAUACCGAAGGCUAUAAUAUCUGUAUCGUAUCGGUAGUAAUGAAGGUGCAUCAGGGCACCCCUAAAACAAAAUAAAAAGAUGGACUCAGCCUUGGCUAUGGUUUUGCUUGGGCUCCCUUGGGCUUCAAAGAUGGUGUUAUUGUGGUUGAUGAUAUCAGUCAUUUCAAGCUUGACGAGAAAGUAUUGUUGUUACCAGCCUGUGAGUUACAACAAAGCUGCAGUGUAGCAUUUCUCAUGGCUUCCUCGUUCAUUCUUGAUCUUUCCUGAAUGGAAGAAUGGCAUGCCUCAAACUUAAGACCAGAAUGGACCCUCGGCUGUUGUAAAGGGAAGUUUGAUUCAACCAUAAACGGGUCAGCAUAUGAGGACCUCUGUGGCUUUCCAUGACACAUUUGGAGCUUUAAGGGUGUUGACUGGUUUAACCCCCCCCACACACACACAUACACACACACACCAUAAAAACAACAACAAAAAAAAACAUACAUCUCAGUCAUGAACCUAAGCAAGACAGUUAAGUGAAAAGUUCUUGCUCUUUAAUGUUGACACUAAGGCGCACUGAACUAUUAGAGUCAUAUUACAGAUAUAUGUACAUGUUUUUUUUGCACUGGAGUCCACAAACCUAGCUAUACUCCUUAACUCUAGGGGGCUCCCUUUAGUGUGAUAUAAAUACAAUGAGGCUUCAAACGUGUGUACACAUGGAUGUACAGUAUCUAUAAUCCAUACAUACUGCACGUGAGUGUGUCUUAAACUGCUAACAAUGUGACCCUCAGGGCUUAUACAAUGGCUCAGAGGAACUGCUCUGGGUUUCUUAUAUACGGAGCUGUUUAUAUCACUCCCCCUCCAUACACACGUGCACACACACACACACACACACACACACACACACACAGCUUCUCCUCUCUUAUUUCCUAUAUGAAGAAAGCAGGCUGGAAUUCAGGAAGGAGGCCAUUUUCCCUCAAAGUCCAUUUUCAGUACCAAGAGAAUAGAGCUCAGAGGGCGUGGUAUACAGUUUCUCUUUUUUUUUUUAUUCAAUAUGUGUGUGCGUGUGUAUCACAGGAAGGGGACUCUAUAAAAGUGGAGACAAUCAGUGUUAGUCAUAUUGCAGCACAUUUUUGUUUUUGUCGGCUGAGGGCAGAGUUGAAAUGCUAAAUAUCCUGAGCUGUAAAAUGUUGUAAGAACUCACAUUUGACUGUUUUUCUGGGACAAGGUCCCGUCUCUCGGCAGUCAUCAGACUGUUUAAUGAGCAAGAGUGAAAACAACACACACUCGUGCACAGGAGCAGCUGUAUAUGCUCCUAAGUAUAUGCCUACGUCAGUUUAUAUAACUGUUGACUUUUGUUUUAGUGAGAUAUCCAGUUAUUUUUCUACACUUCACAACAGAGUUGCACUCUGAAUACUUUUGCAUAUUGGGCAUUUUUGUACGUUUCAAGGUCUCUUUUCUUGAAAUCUGAAUUCUUUUUGGUAAUUUUCAAUGUUUUGUUUGUAUGUUAGUGAAUUUUUGAUGUGUCUGGAUGUCUGUGAUGCUGUUGUUUGAUGUUGUGUCUGACUGUGACUGUAGCUGCUGUGACAGUGUAAUGAAUAAUAAAUAAAGUAUUCUAUCCUAUCCGACUUCAUUAUUUAUGAUCUCAUGUACCUGGUAUUAACCAUCUUAAAGUAUUAGAAAUGAACUUCAAUCCAUCUUUUACACCCUGUCAUUUGAAUUUGUUAGGAACUUGUGUGUAUAAAAAUGUCUUUUUAUACACAUUAGAAAACAAAGUAAAUAAAUCUGUUUUCAUCUGUUCUCCUCAGGACCGGUUGUUCUUCGUGAUGGAGUACGUUAACGGAGGUGACCUGAUGUUCCAGAUCCAGCGAUCAAGAAAGUUUGAUGAAGCUCGAUCUCGUUUUUACGCAGCUGAGGUGACAUCUGCUCUAAUGUUCCUCCACCGGCACGGAGUCGUUUACAGGUAACUGUGUCAACGCUUAGCAUCAGACCUUCACCUGAUCAAACUAUCUUCUCUGUUCUUUACACUUUGAGGCAAGAUGGAGCUGCUGAUUUGAUGUCAAGCCUCUGGCUGUGAUAUGCAUCUCUAUUACAGAGAAAACCAUGCCUCCUGCAAAAAAUACAAGACACACUGACUGUAAAGUUCUGAAUUAAUGAACAGAGGGACUGUGAACUUCAACUUAAGUGCACUUACCAAGAAUUUCCACAGAACUUAAACUCAUCUGAUCAUUUAGUUUCUGUGAAAUUUUGUGUGGCGUUUACUGUAUGUGUGGCUCAUGUGACCCAAAUCUUUGAGCUUAGAAACAAAACUCCAACAUCAUAAAAUGUUCGAAACAUCUCCAAGUAUCAGCCAGUAGUUCUUGUUUUCACCGGCGAAGAAAACAGAUCUGCCUGCCCUGGUUGGUCCAGUCUUUCAUGUGUCCUGGGCUUUACAAAAGAACUGACCGCAUCGUUGGUAAUCUCAACUCUCUGUGUUGAACUCGUUGAACUGCCUGUCAGUUGUUUUGAUGCUUCAUUUAGCAGCUGAGGUAUUCUGUCAUAAACUUAUUUACCUUAAAGCAAAAGUAAACUGCGGGGACACAGAUGUAGAAGUCUUUUAGGAGUGAGCACAAUAUUCUUUAACUACCUCUGUGUAUUUGGGAAACUGAGGUAAAAAGACGAAUAUAACUUUGCCAAUUGGUUUGAUGAUUGAUUUUAAUGACACACCCCAGAUCAAAACUUGAAUCACUGCCAGGCUUUGCAACACCGGGAAACUAUUAAAACCCUUCCAAAGAAAGCUGAAUAAUAAUUACAUAACUGUGGCUCACAAUUGACUCUUCAUUUGAACUUUAUGCUGUUGUAUUUUGCGCCAUCCAACAGCAGCUGCUGCUGGGACUUGGGUAAUGUUCUUCAAAAUAUCACAUAAAAUAUUGCAAUGUUUAAAAAAAAUAAAUGUGCACACAUUCAUGAUGCCUUAAGCGUGACUCCAUGUGGUUUAACCAAUCCAAACUCUCAGUCUAGUGCACAUUUGCAGUGUUUGAAGAUAUAUCUGGACCCUUGCUGGAUGCAAUGCAAGGACAUUUGGCGCUCCUAUUUAUUUAUUUCCCAAGAUGAUCUAUAAUUACUUUGAUCAUAAGUAUCCAAUCCCUCUCUGAUCAUGAUAACCAAAGGCUUACAGGCCUGAAACCAUGUGGAAAUGCACGGCAUCACUAGUACACAUGGGAAAGGCUUCAAAUCAGUGAGAUGAAAAUACAUUGCAGUACCUUUUUAUAACAGUGGAGGGCACUUUCUGCCGGACAGUGCAGUAUUAGAUAAGGAUUUACCAGGUGAUAAUGCACAAUCAGUGUUACAUAUGUGGUCUACAAAGAAUAUUUGUUGACCAUAUCUGUUUUUUUUUUUUUUUUUCUUACAGCUUCACGAUCUUUUCAAAUUAAAAGCUAUUUUUAACAAACAAAGCAUGAAGUAACUCAGGUGUAGGGGUGGGAAUCACCAGUGGCCCCAUGAUACAAUGUUAUCACGAUACUUGGGCCACGAUACGAUAUUAUUGCGAUUUUUAACAUUUUGCAAUACAGUGAGUCUUGCGAUACUAUACAUUGCAAUUUAUACAAAUUUUCAACUGUUUAGCUAAUUUAGCAUUUGCCUUCCUUUAUGUUUGCCUUAUUUACACAGCAUUUUAUUUUCAUGUCGCACAUCUUGCAAACUUUAUGUGUCAGGUCCAUCUCAUUAGUGCCCUGUUUGCAUUCCUAAUGUUUGUGCUGCUAUAUUUGUUGCACUGACUUUCUCCUGCUCUAUGAUGUCACCUCUGCCGACCUCACUGGACAAACAGUUGAUUUAAUUUUUCCAUUAUCAUAGAUUUGACUUCAUAUUAACAAUUACUUUGAAAAACUCAAUACUUGGUAAAUGUGACGAUACAAUAAAUCACCAGACAAAUAUCCCACCCCUACUCAUAUGUUUGGAAGUUAAAAAAAAAAAAAAAAGGCCAGAUAAAUGAUGACAAGUUCAAUGAUGUAGUCUCUUCUCUAAAUCUUGAAAACACUCUAGUUUGCUAACACUCGACAAAAUCUUUUGUGAAUCUUUUGAUAUUGUGAAGCUAGCAUUGUGAAUGAUGUUGUAUUAUGAGCGUAUCCUGACAUCCUUAACACUCGCUCGCAUGUGAAUAUGCAUUUUCCCUGCGUGGCCGUCCCUCACCAAACUUGAUCUUCCAGUGUGCACGCUGAUUGAUGGAGCUGUCAUGUGUUGUACCAUUCAGCUGUUAAGCAGUAUGCGUAUCUAAGAAUGUGAUGGAACUUGAAGAUCUCAGCGUCUCAGAGACUGUUAUGCUGAGGUUUUUAACCGAGUGACCGUUUUUGGUUCGGUGGUUCAAACCAUGCUCCUGACAGAAGAAAGAAAAACUGAACACAAAGUCCUGUUUGUUGUCAGGAGUUCUUGAAGUGAUCUUGUGUUCAAUCAAAAACCUAUUUUCAGAAUAAAUGUUUUCUUUAGUUAUGAAACUCUAACUCAUUGACCUCGGUCUAUAACAACCUGCUGUCCUACUUUUAAUCUGUGUGUGCAGACUCCUCAGCCAUAAUAUCAUUGUCAACCAAUAAAAAACACACAACAGGUCACACAAAACCUACACACUGAUUGAAUCAUAACACCAUUGUGAUGGAUGGAGGUUCAGAGCUGAUUGAGGCAUCUCGCUCCCAGAAAUAACCUUGAUAAAAGAAUACUAGGACCCUCUCUUUCCGGUGUUUUCUCCUCAUGAAUCUCUGCUGUGAUUUGUUGUUUAGAUUCCCUUGUCAUGCAAUAUGCGUGUUAUGUGUUCAGGCAUGUGUAUUUGUUCAGCACCAUGUUUCCCAUGUUAGGAUAGGCGAGGAAUGUGUGUGUGUGUCUGUGUGUGUGUUGAUGAUGUUAGUGGCGAUUGUGUUCAUGAUAUCAUGUUUGCUUUUUCAUUAGAAGUAUUUCACAUAUUUUUUUACAAUAUAUUUAUGACAACGCCCUGUAAAGAAACAAAGACCAGUACGGUCUCUACAGUCUUACUAUAUUUCUACUCACCAGUUCACUUUUAGUUUCUUAAGAUUCACAUUCUCAACCUACAUUCUUGCUCAAAGGUUUCCCAUAGUCUCAAACAAUGUCCACACGAGUCAACAACGUUAUUAUUCAUAACCCGCAGUGAGGGACUUUAGUUUAUUAUGAUUUUGGCGGCCCCUGUGGACACAGCAGUAUGUUCUUUCUUCUUACUGAUUCUGUCCUGUUCUUGAAUUUGUAACUCUCAACAACAGGAGAUAUCAUCCUUCUUUUUCUUGUCUCUUAAAGCAAUCACUAACUGUGAUUCCUUUGGUUAAAGGGAUAUUCCAGCAUAAAACCAGUCCAUUACAGAUUACAGCGGGGUGAUGCAGCUCAAGGAAGAACAUUUAUGAUCAUUUCUUCAUGGAAAUUCAAUCAGACCGAGAUGCUAAGGCAGAAGAACUACUGCGUCUGCAGUGCAAAAUGAUUAAUGUAAUGAUUAUUACAUCAAGGAAAUGAUAAAGAAAUGAUCAUAAAUGUUCUUCUCUGAGCUGCGUCACCCCGCUGUAGUCCGUAAUGGACUGGCCUGAGCUCUCGCUACAGACAUGCAGCUGCUGGAAGAGAGUAGGUGAGUUGUGUUUAGUCUCUUUGCUAAAGAAAUUGGGCAAAGUUAAAAAUAUGUUUGGUGGCUAGUACGAUGGCUAGGACCCUAUAUGUACUGUUGAUGAAGUUAGGUGCUGUUCUGAGCAUUAUUUGUGGCUUCUUGGUUGAGGUUUGUUUAUGGCUGUGUAUUGCUAUUGUGCGGUUGUUACUAAAGUUGGUAUAACUAUAGAGGCAAGCGGUUGGCAACAUUCAUCUCUUGAGGGGGUGUCCAACUCUGUGUUACGGUGUUUGACCCUAAAUUAAUUUUACACCGGAAUAUCUCUUUAAAAGCAAAAGGGUUAGGUUAGGAGUGUAUGCCACUGUUAAAGAGGUCUAAGUAAACUGGAUCCAGGAUGAAAUGGUGGACAGGAUUGCUGCUCUCUGACGACAAGAGAAGCGAGCCAAGAAGGAUUGUUCACCCUCUAGUUAUGGAACUGGAGAUCCUGAAAUAAUUGAAGGAGUGAUGCAACUUCUCUGAUGCAGAACCCAAAGUGCGCCCUGUUCCCAUAGACUCUCAGCAUAUGCAGUCUGACUACCUUUUGUAGUCUGUGGAGUCUGCUGGUGUUUGCAUUUUUAAUGCAUUUUUUUCAUUAGCUUAUCUUCAAGACCAACAGGCCAAGUCCACUUAUGAAUACAAUGACACAGUGUAUUUGUAAUAAAAGGCCACAUGGACUUACAUGUAGUCUUGGUUAAUGUUCAAAAUUACAGAAUGUUCAAACCUGAACAAAAUAACUUGUCUUUGGCACAAAUGUCUUGUCUUGUGAUAGGUAUUCAAGUAUUUCCAAUUAAAUUGGUUUAUAAAUAUCCCAAAAGGGAGAUAAAGAGGUGAGGAAUUAUUGUACUUAUUGGAAAAACAUAUAAGAACUGGAAACUGCCUCAGUUUUGUUGAAAUUGGCUUUGAGCAUUGAAACUUUACAUAAAUCUAAUACCUCACAGUCACCUAUUUUUCACGGUCUUUGAUCAAGUUGUAUUUAUUCAAUCUGAUCAGUAUAUUGCCGGGUAUAUCGGGGUUAUUUUUAUUGGCUUUGGCCUCAAUAAAAUGUGCUGAGUCAGCUUCAGUGAACUCUAAAACCAAUGAUUCUUCAGCCAAGAGUAAUCAAAGACCGUCACUCUGUUAUGUCUUUAGGUGAAGAGUUUAACUUCAAUGUUAUGCUGCCUCUGUGAACUUUGAAUACAGCAAAAGAAACUCACUGUUCUGUGAGCAAACCACAAACAUGACCAUGAUUUUGACCAUUUAGACUCAAUUUUAAGACCAAAAUUUAGACCAUGGAUUAACCAAAAGUAAAUAUUUCCUCAAAAAGAUCCAACAGAAGACGGUAAUGCAUGAAACACAGAUGGGAUGUUGCAUAAACCUGUAGCAUGUUGCAGGAUAAAACCAUUAGAGCAUUACAUAACUGGCUUCCACGGUUUAUAAACAGAGGAUGUAAAAUGAUUCAGUUAUUUUGGCUACAUGAUCUCAGAACGACAAAAGUCCAGUCCUGCUGGUGCCUGCUGGACCCCCACUCAUUGUUUCCCACAGUUUGUCCUACGAUGCUUUUAUUAACUGAGGCGGGUUACAAUCCUAAAAUUUCGACUUGGUCAAAGCAUGGACGUGUUUCUUUGAGUUGGCACAAUUUAAUCCAAAUCCGACAUCAAGAUUAGAGCCAGGAGCUCCAAGCUUUUGUGUUGUUUUAAUGUUGGUUUUGGCUACAUGAGAAGUUCAAAGUGCUGCUCCACCCAGUCAGAAAGUAAGUCAAACACACACCUCAUGGAGACUUGAAAUAAGAAAGGUGGAUGCAAAAUAAGUUUACUACCAUGUGCACCUGUCUCAAACCCCCACCUCUGUUAUCUAGAAGUAAAUGUUUGUCAAGCCUGAUGGAAAAUAUGUUUUUUUUUUUUUAUUAUUUUGUUCAGAAAAAGCAUAAACAAAAAUAUAAUGUAGACACAACAUCCAGUCCUACCAUAAACUAGUGCUGACAAUAAAAAAGACAACAACUUUAAACCUUGUUAAGGAUUUCAUCAAAUAGUAAUAAACUGGAACAGGACCUGUGUUUGUUUUUAAAUGGAAGGAACUGAAAUUAAUGCUGAUGUCUAAGUGUGAGUGUUUCUAUACAGAGAUUUUUAACAUUGAUUUACAGCAGGCUGUAAUUGUAAUUUUAAAAAAUUUCAAUGUUUUUUCUACAAGAAAUAUUUCAGUCUUAUAUUUUUAGCAGCAGCUCAUUUAUAAAUGUACAGGACGAGCAUCAGGGCCAGAGGGGGAACCAAAACCCAUAAAAUUGAAAAGUUUUGAACAGGAGUUUUUUUUUGUUUGUUUGUUUGUUUUUAUUUUGUUUUGUUUUGGUUGUUUUGCACAAAAUCAUUUUAAUUACCCAGAUGUCUCCUUAAUGAGGUUGUGCAAAUCUUUCAUUCCCAUUGAUUUAGAUAGACUUAUACAGGCCUCUUUUGUCAUUCAGUGUGCAGCCGGUGUAUACAGAACGAAAUUUUAUUUGCAUAGGCCUCAGUUUACAAAUUCAAGUACAGUGCGGAUAUAAGUGCAGAAAUAUGUAAUUCUGUACAACAUUCAAAUAUCCAAAUGAACUGUUUUUUUAAUAACAUACCUGUGUGGUUAAAAAAGAGUUAGUUUCACACACAGAGGUUUGACUCCCUUUGGUGUUCACACUCAUGAAGAUUAAUGAUUUGAUCUUUAAACAUUGUUUUGUCAGCCCUGAUGUUUUCAUAGUGAAUAUUAAUCUGUCAGCGGUUGUCAGGGACAACAGAUACAGUACACACAUGCUCGCACACUCUGCACUGAUGUUUUUUAGCUACCUGAUCCUCUCUCUAUGUCUCUCUCUAUGUCUCUCUCUCUCUCUUUCAUCUUUGACCCACUUUGGUGACCAGAAGAUGACGAACAACAAGUGUUUUGGGAACAUAAUGUCCUGACUUCCUCUCCCCCUCCCUCACCCGCCUCCCACUCCUAACAGCUCUUCUCCCGUCCUCCAUCACUCCUCUGAUACUCGCCUUUUGUCCCAUCAGCUCCUUGUCAAUGCUUGCAUCUGUUCUACUCCCAGUUGCAAAACUGAGGAACAUUUUGAGACAUGUUCUUCUGUUCCUUGUCUUUAAACUGUCCCGAAACCCAUGAGAUGAAACUGAUGUUAAUGUUUUGAGAGGUGAGUCCACAGAGCAGGUUGAGACAGCUAUGAGGGUAGAGACAUGUCUGGAUAAACACUCGGUCCUGAGAGUGAAUCCAAAACUCGGUCAUUUGAUGGAAGAUGUGUUGAAUCAGAGAGUUUUUACUUUUACUGUCAGCAGAUUUAAAAUCACUAUUGAGGGGAAAAAAAAAAACACUUUCUAUACUUUAACAAUAUGGACCAAAAAACUGCUUUGAAAUACAAAAUAGCAGAUUUUCCAACUUCAUUGAAUUCAUGGUUAAUCACAAUCAACCACUGAAAUUAUAGGAAUAACUGAAAUUCAAAAUUUUUAUUUAAAAGCCAUAAGAUUAACAGACCAUAACAGUCUGAGAUUGUAAGAUACUGAUUAGAAAACACAAGUAACAUGAUGCAGCAUGUGAAAUGUAGCAGCACUGAGGAGCUUCAGACACCAAAAACAUACCUGCUGUACAUAUUGAUUGAUAAUAGAGGCUUGGAGGCUGAUUUAAAUGUUCCUGUCAAAUGAGAGUAGAGGCCACAGGCGGUGGUAAUUUAAGGAUCUUAGCUUUAGAUUGACACUCUGGAACUGGCUGUCACAACACGACUUUUCAAAAAUGUCUGUAAAAUGGUAUUUAAAGUGACGCCGAGUCAAUCACACUUUAAGAAAAAGAAUUGUCCUUUUAAAAAACUUAGUCCAAAGAAAGAAACAUGGGAAAACUUUAACACUCAAAGAGAUUCUCCUUAUUCUUGGGAUCAAUAUAUUUAUCUGAUGUGGGGUUUAAAUUAAAGUAUUUUUUGAGUAAUUUUUUUUCAAAAUAAGGUGAUUUCUGAAAGUCUUCAUCUGUGCCUUUUAAAUGAGAAAAUACACCUUUUACAUGAACGAUAAAACGUUAAAAUACGAACUAAAUUUACUAAGCCAUUUUAAAUGUUAGAAAAUUUAAAAGUCAAAUGCAGUGUCAUUUUUAUCAGCAUUUGUGUCACUCCUUUAAAGUAUAGAAAUUUCUCCUGCGUGAAUUUGAAAUAUUUUAAAAUAUUUUUGACCCCUGUUGAAGCCACAGUAUCACUCUUAUUUAGAGGAGGAUACAGUGGUUGCUGGUUUUGGCAAACACCUGUUAAGCUUUGUUUUGAGUUUUAGAGUUUUAGAAUUCGCUCACUAUAUAUACAUAUAUGUGUAUAUAUAUAUAUAUAUAUAUAUAUAUAUAUAUAUAUAUAUAUAUAUAUACGAAUAUAUAUAUAUAUAUAUAUAUAUUUAUAUAUAUAUUUUUAUAUAUAUAUAUAUAUAUAUAUAUAUAUAUAUAUAUAUAUAUAUAUAUAUAUAUAUAUAUAUAUAUACACAUAUGUAUAUAUAUAUAAAAUUUUCCACCACAGGCGUGAUGCGCAUUAGUUUCUAAUGUUUUAAUGUUUAGCUUUUGAUUUUAUUCCUUAUUUUCCUAAUAUUAUCAAUGACCAAACCCUGAUUUUUCUCUUAUGCCUUGAUGAAUAUACCAGUGUAACAGUGUCCACAUGAUUAUGUAUGUGUUUGUUUGUGUUUGACCAGAUGUGUGUUUGGAACAUGAAGGGAUGAGGGAGCGAGAGAGUUAAAGAGAGUGAGAGAGAGAGAGGGGUUAGCUGUCACAGAGCACAGGGGUUGCUGCUGAGGACGUAAUGGAAAAAUCACUCAAGAUUAACAUGAAGCACAGGAAAUGCUCUCAAUUGAGCCUGAUUGCCCCAUGUGUGUAUUUGUUUGUGUGUAUGUGGGAGAUAGAGAGGCAGUGUGUGUUAGAGAGAGGGGGGUCUACACAGAGCUGAUGGAGGAGCUUCUGUUUAUUGCCAGGAUUUCUUAUGUGAUCUCAAAGCUUAAUUUAAAAAAGACAUUAAAGGGUCAUUCCCCUGACUUUAGGAACACAGCGUGAUGCUGGUGUUCCGACGUCAGGCUUUUCCUGCAGAAACCCAGAUGUUCAAAAAAUUGUGUUUUAAAGGAAUUCUUUCUCACUUUGUAUUAUUUCAUUCACAUGGGUUUUACCACUGUAACAUGUAGUCAGAGUUGCGAGAACAUCAUAUAAUUGUUUUUAAGUCACAUCUCAGGCGUGAUUCUUUAAUGGUGCUGAUUCUUCUCUCUCCUUUCUCAGCCUUUAAAUGUUGAUCUUUAAGACUUAAUGGAUUAUUGAUGAGGGUUAUAUGAUUGAUAGGAUCUGAACAAUAUAUUUCAAGUGUGACAUGCUUAAAGCCUGUGAAUGAAAAUAAUCCUCAGCCGUCUGGAGUACAAUACAUCAAUUUGCGACUGCUGACACUGUCCUCAUUCUAAAAAAAACCCACAAUGUCUUCUGCAGACACUUAAUAUUGAAUUUCCCCUCCAGCCAGGUGAUGUGCUGCUAAGGGAUUAAUGGUUGUGUCCUUUUAAAUUCAAUCAAAAAUGCAUUACAUUCAUAUGCUAUUUUUCUGCCCUGCUGCAGGCAUACAAUUCAGACUUAAUGUGGAGGGAGCGCCUGGAGGUGGUAUAUGCAAACAGGCAGCCAAGGGGUCACAGGUUUAAUUCUUUAUCUUGGGAAAUUAAAGCAAGUGCUGCUCUUUCCUGUCUUAACUGUGCGCCAUUAACACACUCUUAAGCAUGGCUGUUCACAGCUGCUCCAAGGCACAUAACUGUGGCUGUUGUUCGGGUGUGAGGAGGAAUAGGGGUUUUGGGUUUCAUAUGGUGUGCACUUGCACUAAUACAAGAUUCCUCUGAAUAAAAAGAAAGGGAUUGGUAAUUAAUUUGUAGAAUAUCAAAAGUUAAACUUCCAUUGGUGGAAAAAAACUUGGUGGGGAGUAGUUAUUGGACUGUUUGAGGUAUCGGUUAAUAGGAAGUGGUCAUCUUGGACCCUUCAGCAAGGAUCCAGCCAGAGAACUGACAUGGAAGCUAAGCUUUUAACACCAUUUCAGAAAUGGUGAGCUCUGCCACGUGCCACGUAGCUUAGCAAAUUUAAAGAAACUCGAAACCGAAUUUCUCUGUCAGUAUAAAAACACGCUCUGUUCAGAAUUGUGCAGGCACACUUUGCACACCUGACACUUGGAGACUGGGGGCCUCUCCUUGCAGAAGUUUUUUCCCCCUUUUCAGUCCAUUUGGUUUGUUCUUUCUCCCUCUUAAACUUGGUUCAUGAAGGUAUCUGUUUCAUCCACAGCAUUGACAUGUCAUCAUUGCUGUCAGCAUCAGAAUUAAUGCACUGCAUGUGUCAGGGUUAGAUUGAACCUGUUUGUCUGAACAAGAAGUCUUAAACCGAUUCAACUCAAGACAAUAUUUUAGAGGAGUUUUUGUCAUGACAGUCCGACCCAAACUUGAACCAUCAAGUAAUAACUUGAUUUGAAGCAAACUGUCAGGCUCCACUGCACCUGACAUUUCAUGGUAUUUUUUGACACUUAAAUCACAUAGGCAUACUUCACAUAGUGUGGCUUUGCACGAGAUCCACAUACCUGCUAUAAUCACGUCUAACAGUUGUUCAUCAGAGUAUGAAUAUGAGUAUAAAUUAUGCACAUUUCAACUAUAAGCACUUUUAGUUUAAUACUGAUAAAGCUGAGGUAUGUUAAAAAAAUAAAAUAUAACACUUUUUUUUUAUCUACAUACAUAUUCUGGGGACAUAAUCUUCGCUUGUUAAAAAACAGUUAUUUUGACUCAACUUUAUUAAAAGAAAAAACUACUAUUGUGAUCGAAUAAAAAAUGGUGUGACUUAUUCCCCAGGCUGAAACUACAAGAAAAACUAUCAAGUUAUAUCUCAUGGUUGUGUAUCAACAGCAGCUCCUUUUCAUUUUUCUCACAGCUUUCUAUGGUGUAAUCAAUAGCCUGUCAGAGCAAGGCAUGAUGGGACGGACAAGCACAAACUUUUCAACAGCAGCUCUUUAAACUGGGCCGUGAAACUGCCCUUUUUAUUUUUGGGGCUUACGAAAGCAGAACAGUUGCAUAAGCUCUUGACUUCAGAAACACGCACACACAUGCUUGGUCUCCUCCCCGCCCUGUCAGGGUGGCUGUAUUUUUGAAAACACCUCGGGCUGAAUGGUUGCAUUGGCUACAUCCAGGAGAUGUUGACAUUUUUGUAGCGAUCAACCAUCAAGCCCAAGAGCGGCUGCAUUCAUGACCAGCCCUGUCAUCUCUCAACACCACUGCUCUUAUCUCUCACUGCUUGGUCUCUCUCUCUCUCUCUCUACCCUCCAUCUCUUUCUCCUACUCAACCCUCAAUGUACUCUGAUUUUCUCUUUCCUUUCGCUGUUCCAUUUCUUCUCCAUUUCCAUGUGACAAAUUAUUUAAAAUACUGAAAAAAACUUGUAGGCAUGUGUGAACACCUCCACACCCAACAUUAGCCCUUUUACCAAUCAUCGCAGUCUACGAAUGAAAGUUUUUUUUUCUUUGUUGUCUCAAAGUUACACCCUGUUGAAGAACUAUAUGAUAUGAGACUUGUUUCAGCGAACAUUGCUAAUGCCAACCGUUCUCCCUACCUUUGUAAUUUUGCUUCUCUGCAGGGACUUGAAGUUGGACAACAUACUGUUGGAUGCGGAGGGUCACUGUAAGCUUGCAGACUUUGGGAUGUGCAAGGAGGGAAUCCUGAAUGGAGUCACCACUACCACUUUCUGUGGGACGCCGGAUUACAUCGCACCUGAGGUGACCUCAUCCCCACCCACAAACUGAAUUUCUACAUAAUGCACAAAUUCUAGUUGAUAAAACAGUGUUUGGGUUCGGCUGUAUGCAGAUGAUACUCUGCUGUAUAGCUGAGCACAGAUGUAAUUAAAGUAAGUGUUAACCUCUUUACAAACAGUGCUUGAUAUUCAGUUGCAGCGAAAGCAACCUGUGUAGGAGCUAACAUCAGAAUAACACAAGUCUGUUCACAGUAGUUUAUUCAAAUUAUUUUUGGUAUCUGGGGCUUCGCUUUGAUAUUUUACUAUUACUGUUUACUUGGACCAUCUGAUAGUAAGUCUCCUUCUGUUUUGAUGAUUAGAUCCUUCAAGAGCUGGAGUACGGCCCCUCUGUGGACUGGUGGGCUUUAGGGGUGUUAAUGUACGAGAUGAUGGCAGGCCAGCCACCGUUUGAAGCUGAUAAUGAAGACGACUUGUUUGAGUCCAUCCUCCAUGAUGACGUCCUCUAUCCUGUCUGGCUAAGCAAGGAGGCUGUGUCUAUUCUAAAAGCAGUAAGUUAUGCUUUUUUUCUGUUUGUACUUGUAGUUCAGCAGCAAAAAAAAUGAGCUGUUGUGCGGGAAGAAAAUGACAGUAACAGUCACCUCCAGCAAUCGGCACUCAUUUCCACUGGUGACACCAAAAUGGACACAGUCAACGUUCUUCUUUUUAAAAGCUCAAACCUUAAGAUCUGGCCAUUGGUGCUUUGGUGAAACAUCUUCAUCCUCCUCUGCUGCAGACCUCAAUACAAACGCUAAAUAAAGUGACAAAUGCUCUGCUUUUGUUCCACUUAGAAACACUCAAGAAGGACACAAAUACCACUGAUACAAACCACACUUAAGAACCACUGAAACACUUCUUAACAAUCACCAGUUCAUCUCAGGGAAAGUGGCAACUAAUGGGAAUACACAUUGAUAUGUAGUGGGGUCUAAGAAUAUAUUAGUCUUUAAAAUGUAGAGGAGUAAAAGUGAUUAAUUUUCCUAAAUAAGAUAAGAUAGGACAAAGUUUGUAUCCAAAUUGAAAUUGCUUUGUUCCUGUCCACCACUGAUCGUUGACCUGUUUGCUGGAGUGUCACAACAGUUUAGUCUUUGGUUUGCACAUGCUUUUCACGUAUCUUCCAGUAAGACACAGUCAACACUGUAAACCCUUUUUCUGUGCUAUCUUUUAGAGGGACAUUUCCCAUAGACCAUGUGAUUUCCAAGUUUUGUUGCUUCAUCCUUAUUUUCUCUUUCUCAAUCGACUCUUUCCUUCCCUUGAAUUUUAAGUUUUAUGUUGACCAAGCAGCUUUUUUUCAUGGAUGUAUUAUUAGAUCUUUGUGUGUGUGUGUGUGUGUGUGUGUGUGUGUGUGUGUGUGUGUGUGUGUGUGUGUGUGUGUGUGUGUGUGUGUGUGUGUGUGUGCUUGCAGUGCCACUUAUCCAUUAGUUUAUUUUGUCAUCCUUUUUUCCAUCACAAACUUCGGGUUUACCUUGGCGGAUUGACUGCAAAGCCUUGUGGGAAAGUGUGUGUGUUUUUGUUGGACCCUGUUUUGGACUCUGACCAGUCACUUGGCUAGCAUCUGGGCUCUGAUUGGACACUUCAGUCUUCUCAGGGACACCAGAUCACAUGAUAAGAUCUUCAGGAUCAUUUUAAAGGCUGUGCAGUUUUUCAACACUCACAGUUUUUAAGAAUCUGAGAAACAGAAACCAUUUAAACACCGAGGAGUUUUUAUUGUUUUUAGACAGACCAGAAGGAUCCUAGACGAAUUUAAACAUGUACUUGUAUGCCACUGAUGGCGCUUACCUACCUCUGCUAGUAAACAGAAAUACAUGAACAAAUAAGUCAACUGUAAAUGACUCCACCUGAUGAAAAUGAGAAGUGUUGCCAUUUCAUUCCAAAAAUAUUAGCUGUCGUCUGACGAGUAAUGCCCUUGUCGCCAGUGACGUAGGGCCAAAAGCUGGAACAUAAACUGGGAUUUAAAAGUAAGAUAGAUCUGUUUCUGUAUGUAGAAUAAGAUUUUUCCAAUGAUGUUAAUCUUUUGUGUCUAUACCAUCAUUUUGAGGUUUGUAAAAAAAAAAAAAAAAAACACAAAAAACACCUAUAUUUAGCCAUUCAAAGCUGAUUGAGGUAUAAUUUAAAUCUUUGAGUUUAUGUCUUGAGACAUUAAAAAAGAAGCUUAAAAGUAAGCCUAAAUACAUCAGAUGAGGAAUUAAUAAGGAGUUUGUUUGGUUCAUACUUAUUUAAAAAAUGUUCUAUUCUUCGUGGCUGAAUUUGUUUGCUAACUACUACAGCGAUCCCCCACAUUUUCACACAGAUAGCAGUAGGGAUGAACAGUGGGGGAGUGCUAACCCUGAGCCCUGAGAUACACUCGCUACUAGACUUUUGAAAGUGUGCUGUAGUAUCUGGCACCAAAAAGCUUAAAAUCCUGUAAGCUUCUUGGUCGCUCAUCCCACAGAUGCAGGAUUGGGUUUAGAUCUGGAUGACAGAGUCAUCUCUGAGGUGUUCCCUUGGGACACUUCAGGAGUCAGCAUAGGCACUCUGAGUGAUCUGCAGCCCCACAAGCAAAAAAAUAAAAAAUCUUUUACUUUUUUUCUACCAGAACCACCAUCAAGCUUUUAACAACUGGAGUUCCUGAAGCUCUGCUGUUAGAUAAAACGACAUAAGUCAGCUUUCACCUCCCAAAGUGGAUCAGUGAGCUUUGUGUAAUGGGCACAUUACACCAUCAGCUCACGCCACGCGACUUGUAUGAACUUGAUGGUGAUUUUGUUUUCUCUCUUUUUGGUACAACAAAUCCUCUUAUGAGACGUUCAAUAAUUGCUCAUUAUCCGGUCUACCAGAAUUUCUUGAAUUUUCUCGGCUUCAGUUCAAAAGCUAUCUGCUGUUAGUCCAAAAACAAAAACAUGAUCACUCCUAUUCUGACGUCCCUCCAUUGGCUUCCCGUUCAUUUUAGAAUUCAUUUUAAAAUUAAUUAAAAAAUGUUCAUGUUUGUUUUUAACUCUUUAAACAGAUCAGCACCACAGUACACCUCUGACCUCUUCAGUGUUUGUACCCUCCAACAAUUCUUGAGGUCUGCUGAUCAGCUCCAACUCUCUGUCCCUAAAACUUGUUUAAAAACCAGUGGCGACCGAGCUUUCUCGGCUGUGGCUCCUAAAUUGUGGAACAAAUUGCCACUCAAGAUUAAAACUUCCCCGACUCUUUCUUCUUUGAAAUCACGUCUUCAAACUUUUACUUCCUCGGCUUUUAGUUCAGCAUGCGAGUUGUGUGACCUCUGUCCUUUUAUGUCCUUUAUGGUCCUUUUAUUGCUUCUAUUUCUUUUAUGUUUUUGUGUUUUUAUUUCAUUUAUUUCAUUUUAUCUUGUGUUUGCUUUACCUGCUUUUAUUUAUUUAUUUUCUCUUGAUUUUUUUUUACUUCUGCAGUGUUUGUUCUUUUGAUUUUACUGUGCAGCACUUAAACCUAAAUGUAAAAAAUGGUACACCUAAAUGUUUUCAUAUUGUGCUGUAUAAAUUAAGCAGAUUGGAUUGGAUCACUGUUAUGCCUGAUGUCCUCUACAUAUACCGUCAAUGCUUUUUCCUUAAACGGAUGAUAAUGUUAUUAAGAUACCGUGGAAUCUCUUUAAAAGUCACAUGAUAUUAUCUUCCUUUUGAGAAAACCUGAUUAUUAAAAUUUAGAGUGUCCUUUUUCCUCUCACAUCUGAGCCCCAUGUGUUCUACAUACAGUGAAAUCUCAGUCUCACGGUUACUAUUCAGACUAAAAAUGAGUUUUCUUAUUUCCAAACAGGCAGUUCAUCAAAUACUGAAGCCUGUUAAAUCAAUUCCUCUGAAUUUCUCUUUUCACUUCUUUUUAUCUCUUUCAUCUCCUCUGUUAUCUCACAGUUCAUGACCAAGAGCCCAAACAAGCGUCUGGGUUGUGUGCUGGCUCAGGGUCUAGAGGAGGCCAUUAAACUCCACCCCUUCUUCAGAGAGAUCGACUGGACGCUGCUGGAGCAGAGAAAGAUCCGACCUCCAUUUAAACCACGCAUCGUGAGUUCAAAGUCACAUCAUACACUUAACCCGUGCAAAAUCGACCCUAUUAGCUGGGAAAUGGGCUGAAAUGUCACUGUGAUAGAUAUGACUGUAGAUAAUCAAGAUUUUAUACACGUUUACUUUUAACUGUUACAAUUUCUGCAUGACUUUUUUUGCCGUGAAAUCAAAGCUAAAUGAUUAUAUUUCUCGCUCUUUCUUUCUCUCUCUCAAUUUUCCAGAAAACCAAAAGGGAUGUGAAUAACUUUGACCAAGACUUUACACGUGAAGAGCCCGUUCUUACCCCAGUGGACAACAGCAUCAUCAAGCAGAUCAACCAAGAUGAGUUUAAAGGAUUCUCCUACUUUGGAGAUGAUACUGCGGCCUAGACACACACAUACACACUGAUAUAUUGACCCCUUAAAAGCGUAGCGAAAAUGAAAAAGGAAGGAAAGUAAAGUAGGAACUAUAGUUGACCAUCUGUAUCUCUAAAACGUUUCUGUGCUCUUGUUGUUUGUACAUCUGUGCAUAUCCCAUUAAAGUAUAUGCUCAAGCAGCAGAGGAGUGCAGGUCAAAAACUGUAAGAAAUCUCCUCCACUUGGUCUGGAUGAAUUUCUGAGACCCAGAACAGAGGUCAACACCAAAUUCAGUCAAGGCUAUGGGCUGGUGGUAAUUUUAUUGUGUGUAUGAGAGAGAGUGUGUGAGUCCAUGUGAGCAUGCAUGUGUAGCUGUAUACUUCUGAAAAGAGUUGGACUGUCAUUUCUGUACAUGAUGUGGUGUACCUUGUGUUUGUCUCUGUGUUUGGAGAAUGUUUGUUCAUUCUUAAACUUAUAUGUGAAUGAAAAAAAGAACCAAUGAUUGUAUUUAAAUGAGAAGUUAGUCUAGAAAAGUGUUUUCACUCUAAAAGAAAAGAGGAGAAAUCAAAGAGUCGUUCCUGAUAAAAUCAUGGUUAAAGUUGAUGUUUUUCAUUCCUUCCUUUAGAUUUUAAAAGUACAAAUUUUAUUUAAAUGUUGAUUUCAGAAGAAGUACCAAAAAGGAACUGAAUAGCAUUUCUGAAUCUUUGUGGAGUUUAUUUCAGCUCUUCAGUUUUGGAUGCAGAAAGCAGCUUAUUCUGUCUCCUUCCCCCCUGCGUUCAAUCUUCCCAACCCUUUAGUCAUUUGAUUCAUCUUAAAGGGUGACAUUAACUGCCAGCUAACAAACCUAGUGUCUGGUGUAUUACUGAAAAAUUAAAGUUUUGAAAGCUAGUUUAACCUGAUAAAUCAAAACGGCGGAUUUCCAUUGAAGCCAAACAACAGGAUGAAUUUUAACAUCUCUCAACUGACUGACUGAAGCCCUUGGCCAUCAAAAUACCUUGAGUGCUUGGGUACAGUGACAGUGUAACUGAUUACUUCCCUUUAAACCUCCAUUGGUCCAUAUGAAAGCUAUACACAGAUAUGAACGUGUAAUUAAAUACGACUGAAUGUGAGAAACUGAAUGUAUUUGUGAGUGCGACAUGUUUUUGUUUUUUUUUCUUUUAAUUUAAAACACGGUUUUGUUACUGUCCUCAUUGUUGUGUUGUUUUGUUUUUACUGGAUUGUCUGGUUCUUGCUGAUGUAUUUAAAAACUACAUUUCACGUGAUGCAGUCAGACUCACUUUGCCUGAAACUCUGACCAGCGUACUCGGGAUCAUUUUUGGACAUGGGAGUGCACUCUUCACAGCGACACGGUCAGGGGUUUCUAAAGGUUAGUGCAUGCAAGGCUUUGCAUGAAGCAAGCUGGAACAGAUAUGAAGCUUUUAGUGAGACUUUUAUGAGUGUUGGACAUGCAACAGCAUAAAACAGUUUUGUGACAUGACUCUAGUGUGCUGUGGUCACUGAGCCACAGCCACCCAUUUUUCAAAUGCAGUUCAGAGUCACACAUUUUUUUCAUCCCAAUCUGCUGCCCCCCUCACCAGACCAGAUGGACUCUAAAGCUCUUGAUCAUAUGCCCUCGACCUCACAUUGAAAGUAAGCUAGAAAACAGCUCUUAUGCAGGAUGCCAGAGGAAAAGUACCCUGUUGGUCUGAUUUUGAAAUCUGGGGUCUCUGACCAAAAUGCUGUUUUUAAAAGAUGAAAAGACAACAAACUCAAACACAGAAGUAAAAUAAUCCAAGAUAAGCAAACAAGUACUGAUCCAUGUGGGGCAGGUCAGAUUUAUGACUCAACAGUGAACUUUAAAGCAACCAAACACCAACACUCCAAACUUCAUGUGCAAUACUCUGACAGAGGUUUACCUUUGUUUGAUUUUAUGUGUGUUUCCAAAGUUAUUUUACUAUUAUCUAACCUCUUUUUUUCUCCUCUUUAAUCCUGUCAGACAAAUCUGCUGGUAUGAAGCUUAGUGUUAUUAGCCUGUGUCUCAAGUGCCCCUGCAUUACAUCUAAUUACAGUACUCAGAUGAACAUGAAGUUAUGACCAAGGUACUGAAGUUCACACCAAAAUCUUUAUGCAAAAGACAAUUUAGUCCAAUAGUUUUUGUGGAAUUGAUUGAGAAGUUAAAACUGACCAAAAACCAAAAUGAAAUAGUUGAAAAGGUACAAUGGUGAUAGUUCAGGACCAGCAGAACAAACAAAAUCUGAAAGGUAUCUUUCCAUUUUGCAUGUAAGAUUUCAGUCAAAAUGAUGACUGUUAAGUGGAGCUUCCAGUACCUGUCUCACUUAUUAGAAAAAAAUAAAAGACAAGACUGAGUUUUUCUUUUAUUAGGACUUCAUUAUCAACAUAGACAUUACUUAUCCUACUGGUUACUUAUCCUAAAUCUUCAGCUUCACUCUCCACAUUUUAAUUUUGAAGUCACAAAUGUCCUCUUGUUAAUUCCCUAUUGUAAUCAUACUCCUUUGUACAGAACUGUACAUGUAGCAGUAUACUCAUGACUGACAGAUGUUGCAGUAGCAGUAACGGGAGUAAAAUUGUAUUACAGUAGCUUUAGAUGGACUCUCAAUUGUAAAUGUUAAAAAAUGUCAAACAUUAUCACUACCUUCCCCUUUAAAGUCCUUGUUUAAUUUAUGUCUAUCUCUUCUUCCUUCUUGCCUUUCUGUCUCUUGUUGCAUGUUUUCCCUAUUAAAGAAAAAAAAAUGUUUGACUCUUUGUCCCACUGUGACUCAGUUAGGAUUUUUCUUCCUCAGAGGUCCUCCAUGCUAAAAGCCAAAAGCUACAUCCAUCUAAAGUCCCUUUAGUUGGAUGAUUGUUAUAGAGGUUUAAAAAAAAAAGUAAAUACAGUUUGUGUAUUAAGUGAGAAAAUUAAUCUGAAUUUAGAAUUCAACAAACACUGACGUAAGGUUGAUUUCAAACAAUAAAAGCAGUAUUUUUUCUACGGUAACUAACAUCUUCCUCUUGUCACAUGCAGAACAGUACUGUAUGUACAUGCUUUUGUUUUUUGCAGUCUGUGUUUGUGAAGCUUUGUGUGUGCAUCAUGUCAUUUGUUUUUGUUCUUUAUGGAUUCCCCUCAUUUGUGUUUGAGUCCUUUUAUUUUCCUGUUUUGCGCUGUGUGCCAAAUGUACUGUAUUUUAAAAGAUGUGAAGUUGUGUUUUGAUUUUUGAAGCAAAUUAAAUAUUAUGAUGUCAUAUACGCAUAAAUGCUGGUGUCUCUUUUUUGCCUAUAUUGAACAUUUUAAUCUUAAACUUAGCCUCUCACCUCUCUUCUGUUGGUGGUAUUUAAAGCUCCCGUAAGGAACUCUCAGUUUGUGUCUGUUUUGGUGACCCCUGUUUACAAAGCAGCAGUUUUUUCUAAUCUUGUUAUUUAACUUUAAAGUCUUACCAUUCUCUCUUCUAAUAGGACGCUCACACCAAGCGCAAGUGAAAUAAUCUACUAGCUUAACUUGUCCAUAUCUAGAUGCGUGAAUUAAUAAUAUUUACUCGCUUCAUUUGCGCAUCAGCUGUAAUUUUAACGGUAAUCCCUGCCAAUUAAAACAGUGGGACAAAGUUUUUUUUAGAAUUUACAAGGUAAUCCGACCUCGUCACUCACUCACUAGACAACCUCCUUUUUAUUCCAGUUUCGGUAAUUGAAAGAAGAAGUAUCAUAUAAUUCUGAGCAACCACACACUGACACGAUUAGUUUGUCCUCCAUUUUAGACACCAGUAAACAUCCGUUUGCUAUCAUACGUCACCGGGAAACCUCCAUGCUAUGCUAUGAUUAGUUAACGGAACAGGAAUAUCCACUGUUGCGUUAAGUUGAGACAUUUUCAGCUACCACCCAGUUCACAUCAUUUUUUUCUUUUCAAUUGCAUCUUUGCAUUGACUUAACAUGUAAUUAAUUCGCACGAAUGAUUUUACCCACGCUUGGUGAGUGGAGACAAGUAACAGUCAAUUUGUUUUGAGUAUUCUACAUGAUAAAUCAGGGCUGUUUCUCCAGCUGCUUGGCCACCUACCUUCCAGCACAAACUUCAGGCGUUAAAGAUUUCUGUACAAAAAUCAUCAGUCUUGUUUCUGAUGUUUUUUGCUUAUGCAUAUCAGACCUCUCAUGUGCAAUAAGUAAGUGUAUGUUAUUUAUUUGAACUAAUUUUGAAUUUCUUCAUGGAUUGGAGUUUGGAGAUUUUCUUUUUUUUUAAAAGUCUUUCCUCUACGUUAUUUAGAUUUUAACCAUAGACUUUAUAUAGAAUGGACGCUGUUUGCCUCCUCACUGAGUGAAGCCUUUACAAGAACAGCGCCCUCUGGUGACGGGCUGCAGAAUCCUGCCUCCUCCAGCGAUUCUUUUAGAGUUGUUGACAAACUGUAGAAAUUAUUGAACAGAAUAUACAGUGUCUCACAAAAGUGAGUACACCUCUCCUUUUUCUGCAGAUGUUUAAUUUUAUCUUUUGAUGGGAUAACACUAAUGAAAUCACACUUUGAUACAGUGUACAGUCGUCAGUGUACAGCUUGUGUAACAGUGUAAAUUUACUGUUCCCUCAAAAUAACUCAGGACAGAGCCAUUAAUAUGUACACCCCCGGCAACAAAAGUGAGUACUCCACUAAGUAAAAAUGUCCAAAUCAUGCCCAAAGUGUCAAUAUUUUGUGUGGCCACCAUCAUUUUCCAGCACUUCCUUAACCCUCUUCGGCACAGAGUUCACCAGAGCUUCACAGCUUACCACUGGACUCCUCUUUCACUCCUCCAUGAUGACAUUACAGAGACCUUACGCUCCUUCAGCUUCCGUUUGAGGAUGCCCCACAGAUCCUUCAUAGGGUUUAGGUCUGGAGAUGUGCUUGGCCAGUCCAUCACCUUUGACCUCAGCUUCUUUAGCAAAGCAGUGGUUGUCCUGGAGGUGUCUUUGGGGUCAUAAUCAUGUUGGAGUACUACCCUGGGCCCAGUUUCUGAAGGAAGGGGAUCAUGUUCUGCUUCAGUAUUUCACAGUACAUGUUGGCAUUCAUGGUUCCCUCAAUGAACUGCAGCCCCCCUAGUGCCAGCAGCACUCAUGCAGUCCCAGACUGUGACACUCCCACCACCAUGCCUGACUGUCGGGAGGACACUCUUUUCUUAGUACUCCUCAGUACAUGCUGGACACAGUCUGACCAAAAAAAAAAGUUUAUCUUGGUCUCAUCAGACCACAGGUCAUGGUUUCAGUAAUCUAUGUCCUUAGUCUGCUUAUCUUUAGCAAACUGUUUGUGGGUUUUCUUGUGAAUCAUCUUUCGAAGAGGCUCCCUCCUGUGACGACAGCCAUGCAGACCAGUUUGAUGCAGUGUGUGCCAUAUGGUCUGACCACUGACAGGCCAACCCUCCACCCCUGCAACCUCUGCAACAUUCAAACGUCUAUUUUCCAAAGACAACCUCUGGACAUGACGCUGAUCACAUCCACUCAACUUUGGUCAAACAUGGGUAGGCCUGUACUGAGUGGAACCUGUCCUGUUUAACAGCUGUCUGAUCUUGGCCACUGUGCUGCAGCUCAGUUUCAGGGUGUUGGCAAUUGUUGUUGCACCAUACUUUAGACUAAAUAUUCACAUCAGGCUGACUUGGUAUGAUAUUGAGGAGUAAAAUCAGACUGGGACUACAGCAAAAGCUCAACUCUAAUAUUCGAGCUCACCUGAAUGUUGUGGAGUACAGGACAAGGCUAAUUAGGGUUAUGGGGUUAAGACAAAAAGAUGAAGUCAUUCAGCCUGCGUCAUGACCACUGUUGAUUUUUCAUUUUUCCCACAAUCACAGGAUAAAAGAGCAGGUCUCUCCGCAUUGUUCUGAACCUUAUGAGCAGAUAACUUGUUCUGAUAUUUCACUUCAUCUUCCCCUGUCAACUUCUCAAACAUCUGAGAUAAAAGAGAUUACUCAAUGAUUCCUCUGACAUGAUGGCACUUGAAAGCAUGACACAUUUAAAUGAUACAAAGCUUUGAGCGUUACAGAAUAAUACACUUGUUUCUCUGAGUCACUGACUGUAUCUAAAAGAGAGAUAUAAAGAUAGAAGAAUAGACAACAGUUUUCCGUCUCCUCCUGUUUUUAAAACUGAGGCGGAAAUAUUCCGAUGAGUGCAAACACAUUGUGCUGGUGAUGUACUAUGGAGACAAGGAUGGUGAGUCCCUGUUUGAAAAGCUGUUCAGCCAUCAGUGUGUAAGAGAAAUAUCCCCCGGGCAUUUGACAUACUCCAAAAAUGCAUGAAAGUCCAUCAAUCCGUACAUUUUCUUCAUCUUAUUCAGGAUGGGUUCGUAGGGGCAGUCUUCUCAGCAAGUCAUCCAGAUGCAACUCAUUUUAGCCGCUUGUACCAGUGAUCUUAUUCUUUCAGUCAUGGCCAGAGAUGAGGGUUGGAGCACAGAUUGAGCAAAAAAAGUUUGAUUUUAAACACCAGCUUUAACUACCAACAUCACCAAAAUAGGACUUUCAUUAACUGUCUCUGCUCUCUAACACUUCAUGGUAGCGUAAGACAUGAUGACUACAAUCCUUUAAGAUGCAUUUCUUUUGUCCUUUUUUUUAUAGACCAACUCCACAUCCCAUCUUAGGUUGAAAUACCUUUUUACCCAUCUAUGAUGUUUUAGUUAAAAUAAGACGUGCAGUCAUCCCCAGGACUUCACUCAGUCCUUGGUCGUACCACUGGGGGAUGGAGCAAGCUUUUGAAUCAUCAUAAUCUCCUAGGUCACAGCUUCUUUGUCUACCAAAGUGGACCAUGCUUUGAAAUCACCACAGUGUGAUGGCAAAUAGAUGAAACAUGUAAAGUAGCACCUUAGAGUGCCGCUCAUGUCUCACAUAAUGUGGGUUUAGGUUCUGGCAGAGGUCUUCUCAUAAAAUAAGAGAAGACAAACUUUAUUAAUCCCCAAAGGGAAAUCCAAUAUUAUCUAAUGGUUCAUUCUCAUUCUCAUGGGUAUUUCUGGUUUCAAAUUGCUCAACAUUUACUUGUUGAGCUUUGAUUUUCUAGUUUUCUUACAUCAGAAGUUUUCCCUGACCUGAAUGGAAAUGUUAUAAAA